CCGCGCUCAGUCAUUGUCCGCGCGAAGCUCGGUGCAAACGCGACCCUCGGCCUGUCGUUACGUCGCUGUCGUGAGCGUCCGUUAGCGAACGGUCCGCGUCAACUCUGGAGUAUUGGUGCAGUGUAUACUAGUGCUGUGUUUUUAGCUGUACAGGAUAGAGUGUAUCGCUAUAAAGUACAGUUGGUGUGUGUGUGAGUGUGUGCUGCGAGCGAGGAGUAGCCACACCGGGAGGAAUGAGCCCCGCGCACCCCCCGUCCUGCACUCACCGAUGAUCUCAAGAGACAAUGUAUAUAGACACCUUACCGUUGGUGGUUUGGACUCUCUUAGUCACAACGACACAUGUAACGACAGAAGGCCAAUAUGGAAUAGGUUUAGGAAUAAAACGAGAAGUAUUUUUCUUAAAUUUAGAAGACGGCUAUUUUGGCUGUCAAGUAAACGAAUCUACACAACUAUUACAAUUAUAUGAAUUAUCUAAAUUAUGCGACGGAGUGCCCGACUGCUACAAGGCCUCCGACGAACUUAGGGCAGAAUUAAAAUGUACAGAUGAUUGUACCAAAGAAGAUGGCGCGCAGUGUAUAAACGGUGCUUGUUUAAAUGGAGUUUGCCAUUGUAACGAUGGCUAUGGCGGCUGCAACUGCCAGGAACUUGAUGUAAAUGAGUGCAAGGAGCGGCCGUGCGACGUGUUCGCGCACUGCACCAACACGGUGGGCAGCUUCCAGUGCUCGUGCUUCCCGGGGUACGAGGGCGACGGCUUCACUUGCAGAGAUAUAAAUGAAUGCGACGACCCGGCGAUAUCGGCGAGAUGCGUCGAGAACGCCGAGUGUUGCAAUUUACCAGCUCAUUUUAUCUGCAAAUGUAAUCGAGGCUUUGAGGGCGAUGGCGAAGAAUCGUGUCGGGAUAUAGACGAAUGUCGACGUCCCGGCGCUUGCGGCGCCAACGCACUCUGUCAGAACUACCCCGGAAACUACACCUGUGCGUGUCAAGCCGGCUACACUGGAAAUCCGUUUGAUGGCUGCGUGGACGUGGACGAGUGCCAGUCUCCGGGAGCAUGCGGAGUGAACGCGGAGUGCCGCAACCUGGCGGGCGGCUACGAGUGCAGCUGCCCGGCCGGCGCGGAGGGCGACCCGCGCGAGGCGUGCCGCGUGGCCGACGUGUGUGCGCGCGCGGCCUGCGGGCGCGGCGCCCUGUGCGAGCCCACCCGCGACGCGCAUCGCUGCGUGUGCCCGCCCGGCUACACCGGCGACCCACACACCGAGUGCAUCGACGUGGAUGAGUGUAAGAGCGCGGACGCGUGCGGCGCGCACGAGGUGUGCAGCAACACGGCGGGCGGGCACGCGUGCGUGUGCGCGCCGCAGUACACGGGCCGCGCGGGCGCGUGCGUGGACCUGGACGAGUGCGCGGUGCUGGAGCGCCCCUGCGGCCCGCGCGCCGUCUGCGAGAACGCCGCGCCCGGGUACAACUGCGUGUGUCCGCAGGGAUACCGCGCGCAUCCCAACCCGCAGAUCGCUUGCGAACAGGUCGACGUUGCUACACUAUGUAAAUCGGAUUUCGAUUGUACAAACAACGCUGAAUGUAUCGAAAACCAAUGUUUCUGCAAAACCGGAUUCAGCCCGAAGGGUUCAGUAUGUGUGGAUAUCGACGAAUGUAAGACCGAAGCUAAGACGUGUGGAGACAACGCGAUGUGCGUGAACACGCCGGGAGGGUUCUCGUGCGCGUGCGCGUACGGGUUCGUGGGCGCGCCGCCGCGCGAGGCGUGCCGCGCGCCGUGCGACGACGUGCGCUGCGGCGAGCACGCCUACUGCAAGCCGGACGGCGCGGACGCGUACUGCGUGUGCGAGGAGGGCUGGACCUUCGACCCGGCGGACAUCGCGGCCGGCUGCGUGGACGUGGACGAGUGCGACGCGGGCGCGGGCGCGGGCGGCUGCGGCGCGCACGCCACGUGCUCCAACACGCCGGGCGGCUACUCCUGCGCCUGCCCCGAGGGCUACACGGGCGACGCGCGCCGCCAGUGCGUGGACGUGGACGAGUGCGCGGCGGAGGGCGCGUGCGGCGCGGGCGCGGACUGCGUCAACCGCGCCGGCUCCUUCUCCUGCGAGUGUCCCGAGGGCACCGCGCCCGACCCCGACCCGCGCACGCGCUGCGCCGACAUACUCACCUGCAAGACCGACAACGACUGUCCCGGCAACGCACGAUGCGAUGAAAGAACCCGAUGUGUAUGCCCUGAACCCAACGUUGGAAACGAAUGUAGACAUCCGUGCGAGGCGCUGCAAUGCGGCAGCAACUCGGAGUGCCUGCUGAGCGAGCAGACGGCGCAGUGCACGUGCCGCGGCGGGUUCACGGGCGACCCGGCCGCGCCCGCCGGCUGCCAGGACGUCAACGAGUGCGAGUCCAGCCCGUGCGGCGCCGGCGCCGUGUGCAGGAACCUGCCCGGCCACUUCCAGUGCGAGUGUCCCGGCAGCUUCAGCGGCGACCCGUACGUGGACGGCUGCACGAGGGGACUCAUGCCGAGUGAGUGCGGCGCGGCUAGCCCGUGCCCGCAGGGAGAGCAAUGCAUACUGCACGAUGGCGUCAAUGUUUGUGUGUGCUCGCAAGGGUUCCAACGAAGCAAAGAUACUGGUUUAUGUGAGGAUAUUAAUGAAUGCACACAGUAUGGUAACUCGCCUUGUGGCCUCAACGCUAUUUGCAAGAAUCUACCGGGGAGCUACGAGUGUAAGUGCCCUCCGGAGUACAGUGGCAACCCUUACAAUCUCUGCGAAGUAUGUGACGAUAUCAACUGCCAAUGUCAAGCGCCUUACAAGGUUGUCGAUGGCAACUGCGUGUUAUCUGGCUGUGGAAAAGGCAACAAAUGUGGUAAAGGGGCGGAAUGCAUCAUCAUAUCAGACGGAGUGAGUUACUGCGCGUGUCCUGUAGGCUACAUGCAGACAGCGGACGGCGCUUGUGAAGACAUGGACGAGUGUAAAUCUGGACAGCCCGUUUGUGGUUUUGGCGCGGAAUGUUUCAACACACCCGGGUCAUACGUGUGCAAAUGCCCAGCCGGAUAUGGACAAGAUUCUGUGGGUCACUGUUCACUGAAUCAAAAACGAUGUAUUAGCGAUUCCGACUGCUUUCCAAAUGAGAAGUGCGAAGAGCCGGGCAACUGCGUCUGUCCUCCGCCUUAUUACUUGGACGUUACGGAUGGGCAUAAAUGUAAGAGUCCGUGCGAGAGGUUCACUUGUGGAAUAAAUGCUAAGUGUACCCCGAGUGACCCCCCGCGCUGCAUGUGCACUGCCGGGUACGAGGGGGACCCCUACACCGGCUGCACCAAUAGGAACGAGUGUGACAGCGCGCCCUGCGCCUACGGAGCUAUAUGCCACGACAAGAAAGGAGGUUAUCAGUGCGAGUGUCCGCAGAACAUGGUGGGGGAUCCUUACAAAACCGGAUGCACAAUUGAGGAAGGGCCGUCUCAGAAACAGCUUUGCAGCAAUGAUUACGAGUGCCCGAACACGCACGCCUGCUUGAACCGGACUUGUUUAUCACCCUGCUCGAGCGUGGCUUGCGGGCCCAACGCGUUCUGUGAAGUGGACAACCACGCCGCCUGGUGCCGCUGCAACCCCGGGUACACCAAACCUGAGGGAGGAAAAUGUAUAUCAGGUUGUGACGGCUUUUCAUGCGCCAUUGGUGGUCAAUGCAUAAUAUCUAAACAAGGGCCGACAUGUGUGUGCCCCGAGGGCAUGGUCGGCAACCCGUUCCCUGGCGGCAUGUGCCGGCGGGACCUGUGCGGGCCGGGCCUGCCCUGCGAGGAGCCGCUGACCUGCGUCUCAGGGCGAUGUCGCCAGCGAUGCGAGGGCGUCGUGUGCGGGGUGGGAGCGUCGUGCAACGAGGAUAAUAGCAAAUGUGUCUGCAAUGCCUUCUUUAUUGGAAACCCUGACCUGCUUUGUAUGCCACCUAUUUCUCCUCCGGAAUGUGAACCUCAAUGUGGAUCAAACGCACACUGUGUAUAUGGACAGACCAAUUUGUGCAAAUGUGACAAAGGAUAUACCGGAAACCCAUAUCAGAAGUGUCUCCCUCGGCGGCAGAUCACCUGUGCUAAGGCUUCUUGUGGCAGAAAUGCAGUUUGCCAACAAACAAAAUCUCAUGUUGAAUGCUUAUGUCCACCAGGCUAUUUGGGAAAUCCAAACUUGCAAUGUAUUGAUAUCGAUGAAUGUAGUUCAAAACCCUGCGCUGAAAAUGCUAUAUGUAUAAACACACCCGGAAGCUUCAGCUGUAUUUGUAAGAGCCGUUACGUAGGCAACCCCUACGAACUAUGCUCACAAAUGGCCAUAUCUAAAUGCACUGAAGGAAGCAUCUGCACCUGCUCGCACAACGCCACCUGUCCUGACGGAUUCAUAUGUGAGAAAUCUCGAUGUGUUAACGUCUGCAAAAAUCUCAUGUGCGGGCCGAAAGCUAUUUGUGAAGAUGGUGAUUGCAUUUGCUUGCCAGGCCACUCUGGUAACCCCAACGACCUUCGCAGAGGAUGUGUCCCCGACAACAAAUGCAUGGUGGAUGGGGAUUGUAGGGAUUCAGAAAUAUGCUUCCAGCUAGCUAAGAAUGUACGGAAGUGUGUUGAUUCUUGCAGCAAACUGCAAUGCGGGCCGAACUCACUUUGUGUUAGUGCCAACCACCAAGCUCACUGUAUAUGUGCAGAAGGAUUUGUCGGGAAACCUACCGACAUUAAGACUGGGUGCCAUUUAAUACCGAUCGAAGAAGUGGAAUGUACUGAAGACGGCGAUUGCUCUGAACCACAGGUUUGCGUAGUUAUUGACGGUUCAACGAACAGGUGUGUCGAUCUAUGCUCGACAAUAUCAUGUAGCGCUAAUGAAAUCUGCAAGGUCCUCGAUAAUAAUCCACGAUGCGACUGUAAGGAAGGCUUUCUAUGGAAUCCAGUGAGCUCAACUUGCGAAAGGCCAUCCACGCCCAGUUGUGAUAGAAAUGAAGACUGUGAUGACAACAAAUCCUGUCAGAAAGAUGCAUUGGGUGUUAACAAAUGUGAAGAUAAUUGUCAAUAUUACACUUGCCCUCCGAAUUCCAAGUGCGCAACUAAAAACCACAUAAGCCAAUGUGAAUGUUUACCUGGCUUUGUCGGAAAUCCUAACGAACGUGACGGGUGUGUCACAAUAAACAAAAACCAAUGUUCUAACAACGCUCAGUGUAGAGAAAGUGAAGUGUGUAAAAGUAUUGGAAAUCUAAAUAAAUGUCAAUCAGCCUGUCAGCAAGUUGUAUGUGGACCAAACGCCAUUUGUGUCACGAACAAUCAUGUCGCCAAGUGCCAAUGCCCAUCCGGACCAUUCACCGGAGAUCCGAAUGAUCUAGUAAAAGGAUGUCAGUCAGUACCCUGCAUUUACAAUAGCGACUGCCAAUCACAUGAACUAUGCAACCGAAUGACACAUACUUGCAUGAAUGCUUGCGGCGAAGACUCUUGUGGCGAAAACUCAGUAUGUUUAGCUGAAAACCAUAAAAUUUCAUGCCAAUGCCCCAGUGGCUUUAAGGCUGAUCCUGUACCUGAAGUUGGAUGCAAGAAGAUUGAGUCUUGUAAUCCAAACCCGUGCCAUUCUACUGCCAUUUGUGAACCACGAAUGUCUUCUUAUAUUUGUAAAUGCCCUGUUGGAUAUUUAGGAGACCCGAAUAAGUCAGGAUGUAGAAAACAAGAAGAGUGUUCGGAUUCAGACAACGACUGUCCUCUUGAUGCGGUAUGUUCAGAAGGUCGUUGUGUCAACCCGUGUGAUGGAGCUUGCGGUAUCAACUCCUUAUGCAAAGUUGUAGACAGAAAAGCAAUAUGCGUUUGCCCUGAAGGAUACGAGAACAUUCAAGGAGGGAACGCUUGUAAGAAAAGAAUCUUAAGUUGUUCAAGUGAAUUGGAUUGCGAAGGAGAUACUUGCAAUAACGGCCAAUGCUUUGCAGCUUGUAGAAAUUCGAGCCAGUGCGAUUUAGGCGAAUCCUGUAUCAAAAACUUAUGUAUAACGCAAUGUAGUAAACAUGCACAAUGUGGUAUUGGCCAAGCAUGUGUAUCCGGUCAAUGUCUGAUUGGAUGUCGCCAUAACGAAGACUGUCCGAGUGACGAGGCUUGCUUGAACAGUAAUUGCGUGAACCCGUGUUUAUCGACCAGAAUUUGUGGACCCAAUGCUAUAUGUUCAAGAAUAAAUCACAGUACUAAAUGCGAGUGCCCUAGCGGAUUUGAAGGGACGCCGACUGCUCAGCAAGGAUGCGUGAGAAAACCGAGCUCGUGUGUAAGAUCAUCGCAGUGUCCUCCCGAGCACAUGUGCAUCGGUCGUUUGUGCCAGGUGCCGUGUCGUGACAACACUGGCUGUGCUAUAGGCGAGAAAUGUAGCGACAGCAAGUGCCACAAAAUAUGCCACUCUAGCAGCAACUGCCUUCAUGGUGAACAUUGCAGUUCAGGAAUUUGCAUUCCCGGCUGUAAAAUUGACUCUGACUGUCUGAAUAGUCAAAUAUGCAAAUCUACUCAAUGUCAAUGCGCUCCCGGUUUUGAAUACGUCAACGAAGAAUGUGUUAACAUUAAUGAGUGUUUCAACAACCCAUGCCACCCUUCUGCUCAAUGUAUAGAUACGACGGGUUCGUUUAAAUGCGUAUGUGCGACUGGUGCUGUCGGUGAUCCUUACAAGACUGGCUGCUUGCUACCGAAUCAAUGUCGGCGUGACAGCCACUGCGAAGACUCACUUGCGUGCCUAAACGGAAAAUGUACAAAUCCCUGUAAUACAAAAACAUGUGGGUUGAAUGCUUUGUGCUCAGUGACAAGCCACAGGGUUUCAUGCACAUGCGAAAAAGGAUUCUUAGGAAAUCCCCUCGAUAAGAACAUUGGAUGUUUCAAGGUUGAUUGUGUGGAAGACGCUGAUUGCUCAGACGAGAAGUACUGCGAUACAAGAUCUAACAAAUGUUCAGACAAAUGUGCGGAAGGAGAUUGCAUCGGAGGUUCAUGUAGAAUACAAAACCAUAAAGCUACUUGUGAAUGUCCUAUUGGUUAUGAAUUUUCGAACAACAAAUGCAGAGAUGUUAACGAAUGCCUCAAUAAUCCUUGUCCACAAAACGCGGUUUGCGCAAACAGUCCGGGAUCAUACUCAUGUAGCUGUGUGAACGGAACAAUACCAGAUGAAAAUGGUGGGGUUUGCAGAAUGCCUGGAGAUUGCUUCUCCGACUCAGACUGUUCAGAUACAUCUAAAUGCUACGAAAAACGUUGUAUAAACCCUUGUGAGAAAUUCUCGCCGUGCGGAGAAAAUGCAGAUUGCAUUGUUACGAACCACAAAGCCGAGUGUGAGUGUCAAGCAGGCAGCCAAGGCGAUCCUUAUAAGAAGUGUCUCAAAUUGGAAUGCACUAAAGACACCGAUUGUUCUCCCGAAGAGGCGUGUGUAAAUUAUAAAUGUAAAAACUCUUGCAAUAUUCCUCGAGCUUGUGGAAGAAAUGCUCUUUGUUCGGCGAGGAACCACAUCGGGCAAUGCUCCUGCGAGGCCGGCUACUCGGGCGACCCCGUGCUCGGCUGCGUGCCCAUACAGUACUGCACCGACGACAGCCGCUGCUCUACCGGGACUAAAUGUGUCGACAACUUGUGUGUCGGUUUGUGCAAAAAUUCAAGGGACUGCCUCAAUGAUCAGGUCUGCAUUCAAGAGACUUGCCGUCUCACAUGCAACUCCAACACAACUUGCCCCGAGUCACAGUACUGUCUCAACAGAAUUUGCACUAAAGAAAGCUUGUGCAUGUCAAAUGACGAUUGCGCUGAUGACGAACAAUGCACAGUGAGUCGAAAGGGACUCCCGCAAUGUGUGAAGGUGUGCGAGCGCCACCCGUGCGGCCGCCAGGCGGUCUGCACUGGGCAGGCGCAUCAAGCAGUUUGCUCCUGUAAAGAGGGCUUCUUCGGAGACCCUACGCAAAGCUGUAUCCGCAAGGAAUGUAACACAGAUUCCGACUGCACUGACGAAAAGCUAUGCAACAAGAACAUGUGUAAGAUAGCGUGCCUCGUUAAAAACAGGUGUGGGGAGAACUCGAUUUGUUCAUCUGAGAAGCAUAGGCAAGUUUGUUAUUGCCAACCUGGUUUCACUGGUGACCCAGAAAAAGGCUGUACCGAAAUUAACUGGUGCACUUCAAAUCCGUGUGGAAACGGAGCUGAAUGUAAGAACUUGAGGGAUCGGGCCAACUGCGUCUGCCCAGCGGGAACUGUCGGCGAUCCGUUUGCCGAAGGUUGCCACAAGUCGCAGGAAUGUCGCUUCAAUAGAGACUGCCCACCGCUAGCACGUUGUACUGUCAUAGAUGGCAUCCGGAAAUGCACAGAUGCAUGCGAGAAUACGAAAUGCGGUCCGAAUGCAGAGUGUGUGGCCGCUAGACACACGGGUCAAUGUAAAUGCAAAUCAGGUUAUGUUGGAACUGCUAACGGUGAAAAAGGUUGUCGGCUACGAGAGAUUACGUGCUCACGUAGAACUGAUUGUCCCACUGAUAAGUACUGCCACAAAGGAAUUUGUAAAGAUUUAUGUCUUAUGGACGAAGAGUGUGGUUCGUCUGAAAAAUGCUCGAAUGGACAAUGCAUUAACCCUUGCAAAAUAGAAAAAGCGUGUGGCCUAAACGCGCAAUGUCGCACUGAAAACCAUAUAAAGCAAUGCAGUUGUGGCUACGGAUUUACUGGCAACCAAGACGUUGAAUGUGUUAGAAUUCCAAGGCUAUGCGGCGGUGCCGGCGAGUGCGAAAACGACCACAUGUGCCAAGACUCGAUGUGCGUCCCUCAGUGCAACAGUGAUGAGAAAUGCGCUUUGAAUGAGAGAUGCUCUAAAGGCGCUUGUUUGUUAACAUGCCGCGUGGAUAACGAUUGCUUCCUCGGUCACAUUUGCCUCGGAAACAGUUGCCAGUACGGAUGCAGGCAUGACGAAGAUUGUGGACCUGAAGAGUUAUGCAAAAACAACGUUUGCCAGAAUCCCUGCGCAGCUGAAAACAACCCAUGCGGGCCAAAUGCUCUGUGCUCCGUUGUGGACAGAAAAGCUAUGUGCUCUUGUCCUGAAGGACUAAUAGCCAACCCGACACCGAAUAUAGCUUGUGUCCGCAACCCAGCCAUAACCUGUCGCAUGCACACCGACUGUGCCACCGGCUGGAGGUGCGAGGACGACCGAUGCCGCCCAGCUUGUACGAUAGAUGGGUUACAGUGCCUGCAGGGAGAGCGUUGUGAUGCCGGGGUGUGCCGCUUUGCGUGCACUUCGGAUGGACAAUGCACGGAUGACGAAGUCUGCGACGGACGUCUGUGCGUCACGGGAUGCCGCUCUGAUACUCACUGCCCCAACGACUUGGCGUGCAGAGCGGGCCAGUGUGUCGACCCCUGCACUGAGCCAGCCACGUGCGGCGCCAACGCCAUCUGUACAACCAGAGACCAUAGACCUCUGUGUACGUGCCCACAGACCCUCACCGGUGAUCCUAAAUCAGUUUGCAGAAGAGAACCAACGCCUUGUGAUUUCAACAAGAACUGUGAUGAUGGCUUCAACUGUUACGGAGAUAUGUGUCAUCCAUCUUGCAGAAGCGACACGACUUGUUUGUCCAAUGAAAAAUGUAUUCGGGGCAUCUGUAGAGUGGUUUGUAACAACGACGAAGCCUGUAGUGGAGGACAAAUUUGUGAGAACAGAAUAUGUAAACAAGGAUGUCGUGACGACAAUGCUUGCCAAAUCAAUGAGGCAUGCCUUAAUGGACAGUGCAGAGAUCCUUGCAAAGAAAAUGGAAUGUGCGGUUUAUGUUCUGAUUGUCAAGUCCUUAAUCACCGAGCUCAAUGUAGUUGCUCAAGCAAUUACACCGGUAACGCGCUUGUGGAAUGCAAGAGAAAAAGAUUAUUGUGCGACGGUUUUUGUCCGUGUGAUGACAGCGGUUACUGCAUUACCCUCUGUGAGGACACCGCGGAAUGCUCGUGUGGCGAAAAAUGUUUCAACGGAGGUUGUCGCUCUAUGUGCUCGUCCAGAUCCAAGUGCCCCGAGAGACAAAUAUGCACCCAGGGUAUCUGCGUGCCCGGGUGCAACUCUGACAGAGACUGCGGAGACGACAUGAUGUGUUCCGAAUCGCUUUGUAUCGCGGCUUGCCAGGAAAAAACCUGUGGUAAAAAUGCAAUCUGUCUGGCGAGCCACCAUCGCGCCGUCUGCAGUUGUCCCAGUGGCUUUUCAGGAGAUCCGUUGAAAUCCUGCAAGUCGUACGAAUGCCUUCAGGACGAGGAAUGCGGGUCAGACGAGCGUUGUUCCACUGACGGAAAGUGCAAAAACGUCUGCCAGGGCGCUUGCGGUAACAAUGCGAUUUGCAGAUCCGUUAAUCGCGUGCCGCAGUGUUCCUGUCCUCCGAACUACGCCGGCAACGCCAAGAUAGAGUGCUCGAAGCCGGCGGCGGGCGCGUGCCUGCGCAACCCGUGCGGGAUCAACGCUCGCUGCCGCGACUUCGAGGACGGCAGCUACGAGUGCACGUGCGCGCCGUCGUGCGCCGGCGACCCGCAGCGGCAGUGCUUCUGCGGCAAGCUGGAGCCGUGCGCGCGCCGCUCCUGCGGGACCAACGCGCAGUGCCGCCUGGGAGCCGCCGGCGAGCCGCAGUGCUACUGCCCUAGGAACUACCCCAACGGAGACCCCAACAUAGAAUGUUCUGUAGAGAAAAGUCUUGUGGAUUGCCGCACGACCGGUUGUGGAUUGAAUGGGGAGUGUUUGAGGGAAGGAGCUGAAUUUGUUUGUAGAUGUAUUCCCGGAACGGAAGGGCAAGCUGAUAUCGAAUGCAAGACUAGUAUCGAAUGCACGAGCGACAAGGACUGUCCGGUGGACAAGGCGUGCCUGAGCCUGCACUGCGUGGACCCGUGCUCCGUGCGCGGCGCGUGCGGCGAGGACGCGCUGUGCGCGCCGCUGCUGCACCGCGCGCAGUGCGCGUGCCCGCAGUGCUACGUGGGGCAGCCGCGCGCCGCGUGCCGCCCCGACCCCGCGUGCUCGCCCGCCGCCGCCGGCAACACCACCUUCACCUGCUCGCGCGCCCGGCCCUGCCCGCCGCGCCUCGCCUGCGACCUCGACACCGGCCAGUGCCGCAACCCCUGUCUCGGCUACCAAAACUGCAAACGCAACCAGAAAUGCGAGGUUCGGAACCACAACCCUGUUUGUGUUUGUCGAAACGGAUUCGCACUCAACGAGAAGGGCGAGCUCACGUGCGCCCCGGAACACGCAGAAUGUACAAGAGACGAACAAUGUCCAUCUAAUGCAGCUUGUCGUAAUUCUAAGUGUGUGAAUCCAUGUCUGACGUCGAAAACGGCAAUUUGUCCGAAAGGAAAACAAUGCGAAGUAGUAGAACACCGUGCCCUGUGCAUGUGCGUAGAGGACUGUCACCCGUCUGUGUCGAUAUGUUUGAGAGACACGGGAUGUCCACAAAACUUGGCAUGCAAAGAUUUCCAAUGCAAAGAUCCAUGCAAGGGCGCAUGUGGAGGCGCGCCAUGCUCGGUGGAAGAUCAUCACCCUGUAUGCAAGUUUUGUCCAAAUGGAUUCACACAUGAUGACAAACAUGGCUGUAUAAAAGCUCUAGAGUGCGGCGCGCACGAGCACUGCGCCGCGGGGCUGGCGUGCGUGGAGGGGCGCUGCGGCGACCCCUGCGCGCGCGGCGGGCCCUGCGCGCCCGGCCAGCACUGCGCCGUCGUCGACCACCAACCCGUCUGCUCCAAAGUCUGUCAGUGUCAAACCUCAUCAGACUGCGCUCGCUACCCGAACACGUACUGCGAUGGCUGCGCCUGCAUCGGCGGUGGAAGACCAGUCACGAACUGUGCGCACUGCCGGCCUGGAGUGCCGUGCGAUCCGUUCUCGGGCGCCUGCAUGGAAAAUGAACGUCCUAAAAACUUAACACUAACCGAAACUCAAUCCGCUGGUAGCACUACAGUUGUCACUGAAGAUUUGGAAAGUGGAUCUACUUCUACUGAACACUCUUUACAGACGGACGUUGAUAAUUUAACAACUGACUCUACUAAUAUGACACCUAAUUCUGAAAUGACAACUAAUGUAGGGCUCAUCUCUACUGACACAUCUACAGAAACAACUAUUAACUAUGAAGAAAGUGAAACCAGUGUCACUUCAACCAUAUUGAUGGAUGAGUCAUCAAAAACAUAUGACUCUAAAGAUACUACUACAUCUUACUUUACAACUAGUUCUCUCAAAGAGACAUCAACAGAAGUUACACAAUCUAUGGAGCCCAGAACUAUUGGAGAAGAUUUCAAUAUACCAACAGAGGCAACAACAAGUAAAUUUAAUACUGAUGCUUUCGAAAAUGACAUAGCAGUUUCAACUCCAAACGUUCUAUCAGAUAAGACGACAAAUGAUUUAUGGGGAGAUUCUGGCGAGAUGCGUGAUAUUACUAUUGUUAAUAUAGGUAGCACAACGGAUUUAAAUGAAUACACAGAGGAAACCUCUCAAAAGUCUACGGAUAACAAUAAAACAGUAAACACACAACAUAAAUCACCCGAAAAUCAACGAAAACUUACUAACAAUGAAAGUUUAGUAACUACUCCAAAAAUAAUAAAUGAUAAUGUAACUGACACAAGCUACGAUAUGCAAACUACAACAUUAUUCACAACUGCAGCAUUAUCUGACAUAACAGGUCCUGUGAUAGAAACAUCGACGUCUUUUGAAACAACUACUGUUAAUUCUAAAAACUAUAUAACAGAUAACACUUUAGUUACUACACCAAGAGUCAGUGAUGGUUCUGAUGGAGUAACGAAUCCAACGACUCUGAAAUCAAUAGAAAAUGACUUAACUGUAACUGACGAAAUCGUAUCGGUAAAAGGUGAGACUAAACAAAACACUGUUACUCCAGAAUAUCAAGAAUCAACUUCAUACCAUUAUACGACUGUAAGAACCACUACUUUGACUGAGGCUGAAGAAACAAGUGACGAAAUUGUAACAUAUACAACAGGAAGUUACCAGUUAUCGACGACAUCAGAUAACAGUGUAACUACAGGUAGUGCAAUGGAUGAAGGAGAUAGAACAGAAAAAUAUGUUCCACACAUAAAAGAUAUUGUGACCGAAAUUUCAGGAACAGCCACCGGAACUAUAACUGAAAGCACAACAAAAAAUAUUAUUGACAGCAUAAAGUCGACACCUGAUUUGGAAUCGAGUACACUACUAUCAGAUCGCCAGCAAACAAGUUCAGAGAUUCUAUAUGACACCUCUACAAAAAGUUAUGAAAUUUCAAACACCUUCGACGAUUCCGGAAUCACUAUUGGGAGUAGUACAUCAUACAAAGAGUUAUUGGACGAAACAACCACGGAAUACAUAGAAAAAAAUACCCAAAUAAAUUCAGUUUAUACAACGUCCGAUAUGAUGUCUCCUGAUUCCCAAAGGAAUACGACCGUCUUGCAAGUAACAACUACUACAUCAGAAAUAUCAGUACCUGAUACUACAUCAUUGAAAGUAGAGGGCUUCGUAACUGAUAAAAGUGUAACAACCACAGAACUCACCACAGAUAAAAAUGAUUAUGAGGGUCAAUUUUCAACUACUGAUAUAAAUAACCAUGGUGAUAUUAAACAAUCAUUCACAACUGACAUUCCAACUACUCUAGAAGAAUUAACUUUUGAUACCGAUGGUAAUCAUAUCACCAAGUCAGAAUACGAUACUACAACACUUACAACAAACAAAAAACCUUUACAAGAUGGACUAACCAUUGAAACAACUACGUCAGAAACUGAGGAUUUAAUGGACAUAAAUAUGGGCACUACAAGAGAAGCAUUAGAUAUAUCGCAAUUUUCAACUUCGCGCACGAAUUUUGAUAUUUCUACAGUAACAGAAAUACCUACAACGAAUACUCAAGUAAUUAACACAUUACCGCAAACUAUAACAGAAAAUAUUAUAACAGAUAUUACAAGCAAAAGAUCAGAAACUUCAACAACAAAAGAGUACACUUCAACAUCAUUCGCAGAAAACACAGUAACUGAUAGGAGUAAAAAUACAAAAGUUACAUCGAUUGGAUCUGAAUAUGAACUUUCAACCAUCAGAAAUGAAGAUACUGAUAAUGGCGUUCCAGAAUAUACCACGCCAAACGUUGAAUCAACUAAUACUCCAUCCAGUCGCCAGGAAAGUGCAUCAGAAACUGAUAUUAUAACUAAUAGUUAUACCUCAACACCUGCUGAUGUUACAUUUGAUAGCUAUACCUCAAUAUCUACUGUAUUAGACGAUAUGCAAAUGUUGACAACGGAUAAAGAAAUUAAUAAUUUUGUAACAACACCAAAAAUUGAAAAUUUACAAACAGAUAUGGAUUUCGUUUUAAAAAAAGUUACAACAGAGUCUGCUAUUACUUCAAAAUUCCCAACAACAGUACCACAAAGAGAAUCACUAAAUGAUCAUUCAUCGUCCACGGUUAAAGUCCCAACACCGAUGGUUUCUGGUACUGAAGAUGAUUUGCAUACAGUUACAACAGUUUCUGAUAGUAAAAUUUCUUCGACCAAAAAACUAUUUACUAAUGCCCCUCAUACAGACGGUACGAAUGAAUAUAUUACUUCCACAACUUUUACUUACACUAAGCAAAGCAAGGAGGAUUCAGGGCUAACAACGGAAGUCACAAGUAAUCCAAUCUGGGUUACUACGGAUACAGAUAACACAAAUGAACAACCACUUAUCUCUACAGAAAAUGUAGUAGAACAAAUAAAAACUGUGGUAACGGAUAAAAUUGAUAGUUUUACGACGACUAACGUCAAUGUAAAUGAAUUAACUACGUCUUCUAGUUUGAAUGAUCUUACUUCUACAAUACAAUCUGAAUCGUAUGAUACAAAUACACCAUCAACAAUGAGUACAUUCACUGCAGAAUAUACACCGUAUCAGAAUGAUAAAGUAGGAGAUUCAAUGCAAACAGUAACAGUAAGUACUACAAGUACCGAAACACCAAAUGAAACAGAAUAUACUACGAAGCAAAAUGAAAUACAAGGAUUUUCAACACAUGCAGUAACAGAAAGUACAACCAUUAGCGAAAUACAAAAUUUUACUGAGUAUACAACGAAUCUAUAUGUCAAACAAGGAUAUACAACACAAAGAGUAACAGAUAGUGCCACAAGUAGGGAAACACAAACUCUUACAGAAUAUACUACAAAUCAAAAUGAAAUAAAAGGAUUUUCAACACCAGCAGUAACUGAAAGUACUACCAGUAGCGAAAAACUCGAUAUUACUGAAUAUACUACGAAUCUAUAUGAUAAACAAGAAUAUACUACACAAAGAGUUACAGAUAGUGCUACAAGUAGCGAAACACAAACUCUAACAGAAUAUACUACAAAACAAAAUGAAUUACAAGGAUAUUCAACACUAGCAGAAACUGAAAGUACUAACAGUAGCGUAAAACUAGAUGUUACUGAAUAUACCACGAAUCUAUUUGACAAACAAGAAUAUACAACACAAAGAGUAACAGAUAGUGCCACAAGUAGCGAAACACAAACUCUAACAGAAUACACUACAAAACAAAAUGAAAUACAAGGAUAUUCAACACCAGCUGAAACUGAAAGUACUACCAGUAGCGUAGAUGUUACUGAAUAUACCACGAAUCUAUUUGACAAACAAGAAUAUACAACACAAAAAGUAACAGAUAGUGCCACAAAUAGCGAAACAAAAAUUAUUACAGAAUAUACUACAGAUCCAAAUGAAAUGCAAGAAUUUUCAGCAUCAACAGUAACUGUAAGUUCUACCAGUAGCGAAAAACAAAACGUUACAGAAUAUACUACGAACCAUGAAUACGAAAUAGGAUAUACAACACAAAGAGUAACAGAUAGUGCCACAGGUAGCGAAACACCAGAAUAUACUACAAAACAAAAUGAAAUACAAGAAUUUUCAACUCCAACAGUAACUGAAAGUACUACCAGCAGCGAAAAACAAAACGAUACAGACUAUACAACGUAUCAUAAUGAGGAAAUAGGAUAUACGACACAAACAGUAACAAAAAGCACCACAAGUAGUGAACCACAAAAUGUUACAGAAUAUACAACGAAUCAAAAUGAAAUACAAGGAUUUGCAACCCAACCAGUAACAGAAACUGCCACAGGUAGUACACUCGCCGAUUCUUCAACAAUUCAAAAUGACUUGUACUACACUACAGUAUUUGACGAUGAUCUAUCAAAUACACAAAGUGAAAAUGAUACGAAAUCGGUCAAUAGCUCUACAGCAACAUCAAUCACUACAACUGAAGCAAUCACCGUUCCACCAACAAAUGAUUCUUCAUAUCGUAGAAAAGAUGUCGAUAUUCUUGCUUGGACUGACUCAACCCCUUUAAACGACUCACCAUCUACUGAAACAGCUUCGACCACUGACUUAACAAUUAACACCUGUAAAGAGCACUCACAAUGUCCAAUGGAUAAUUUCUGCUUCAAUGGAGUAUGCGAAAACCCGUGUUUAGUGGUCCCGAUGCCGUGUUCACCGAACACUGUUUGUAAAGUAGUCGACCGCGCCGCCGCGUGCGUGUGCGACGACGCUGCCGGGAUCUACUGUGUUAUAGAAUCACCCGGGACACCCAAGGCACCUGAACCCUGUCAUUCCGACCGGGACUGUAUAGAGACCGAGGCCUGCUUUAUGGGUCUGUGUCAGAACCCGUGUGAGUUUGACAAUGUGUGUGGGGCGGGCGCCAACUGCCAGCCCGUAAAGCAGAGGCCGAUGUGCUCGUGCCCCUCGGGGCAUGACGGAGAUCCUGCUGUUAAAUGCUCACCUAAAAUAACUGGUUGCACUCGGAAUGAAGAUUGUCACUUGACUGAGGCUUGUAUAAAUAAUGCAUGUCAGCACCCAUGUGCCAUACACAACCCGUGCGCACCAAACGCUGUAUGUAUAAAUACCAACCACGGAUCAGACUGUAGCUGCGCCGAGGGAUACCAAGGAAAUGGAUACGUCGGAUGCGUACCGGUUAUCGAGUCACAUUCAGUAUGUCAGUACAAUGAGGAUUGUCCACCAGAAUUGCUUUGCGAUAGAUUGAACAGAGUGUGUAUUAGCCCGUGCAAUGAUGAUUCUUGCGGCGACAACGCAGAAUGUAUUCCAGAGAAUCACGGCAUGCAAUGCAAAUGCUUUUCUGGAUACACUGGAAACCCAUUCGUAGAAUGUUACCAAGUACAAGGAUGCAGAUCUGACAACGAAUGUGCGAACUCCGAGGCUUGUAUAAAUGGAAAAUGCGCUUCACCGUGUAGGUGUGGUUUUAACGCAGUUUGCGAUGUCUUGAACCACCGCGCAUCGUGCAAGUGUUUGCCAGGGUACACGGGCAACCCUCAGCUGGGAUGUGACGCGCCGGCCAAUCCUUGCUCGCCGAACCCGUGCGGAAUCAAUGCCUUGUGUGAAAAUGACAACGGAAACCCAAUAUGCUUCUGUCCAAAGGGAUUGACCGGAAAUCCGUUCAAGACUUGCAUUCCUGAAGGAAACGAGUGUGAACCAAAUCCAUGUGGAGACAACUCCGGUUGUCGUUUGAUAGAAAACAAGCCAGCAUGUUUCUGUUUGCCAAAUUACGAAGGAAAUCCACCACGAUACCCCUGCAAACUACCUAACAACCCAUGUAAUCCAUCACCAUGCGGACCCAACACACAAUGUACCGUUUUGUCUAAUGGAUUUGCGAAAUGUACCUGUUUGGAAGGUUAUGUCGAGAGUCCUAAUACUGUGAGAGGAUGCAUUGAAGCGCGUAACCCAUGUGAGCCAAAUCCUUGUGGCAACGGUGCUAGGUGUGACCCCAACAGGGUCCCAGCUUGUUACUGUCCAGAAAGUACUCUCGGAAACCCAUACAAGUCCUGCAGUCCUCAGGCAUAUUUACCACCAGAAGUGUUAUGUAAACCAGGACCAUGUGGAGCGAAUGCAGACUGCUACGUAAGCAGUAACAGAGAGAUGUGCUUCUGCAAAACAGGAUACACAGGAGAUGCGUAUGCUGGAUGUAAACCACAGAGAAGCCCAUGCACACCCAGCCCGUGUGGCCCUCAGGCCAUAUGUAAUGCAAACUUUGAAGGACAAGCGACCUGUUCCUGCCCUGAGGGUAGUACCGGAGACCCGUACGGAAUUAACGGCUGUGUGGCCAGAGAGUGCGAAGUGGAUGACGAAUGUCCUAGAAACAAAGCUUGCAUAGGUUACUCUUGUUUAGAUCCGUGCCCAGGUUCAUGUGGAUUGAAUGCCAAUUGUCACGUAGAAUCACAUCGUCCAACUUGCGUAUGUAAUCCAGGUUUUAUUGGCAAUCCGUUAAUAUGCUGCUUACCACCAGAAGAUCAAAAAUCGUCAAGACCGUGUAGCAGAGCUCAAUGUGGAAUAAAUGCUAUCUGCCAAGAUGUCGGUGAACAAGCCCUGUGCUCAUGUCCACACGAUUUCAUUGGUGAUCCUACAGUAGAAUGCAAACCAGCUUGUGUAAUGAAUUCAGAAUGUCCAUCGAAUGAAGCGUGUGUUAACAAGAAAUGCGUCGAUCCUUGUGCAUUCAACAACGUUUGUGGAAUUAACGCAGUGUGUUUGUGUUCAGAGCACACAGUUUCAUGUCUUUGCCCCGAUGGAUACAUAGGAGAUCCGUUAACUCAAUGUAUUUAUAGACCAAUAAUCAUACCGUCAGACAACACCACCGCACAGCCAUGUACACCGAACCCUUGCGAUCCCAACGCACCUUGCGACACAUACGGAAAUCAGUUCGCUGUCUGCGACCCGUGCAACGGUCCCGAUUCAUCGAACAACCCGGCGUGUCGACCUGAGUGCGUUCUCAGCUCAGACUGCGCCUUCAACAAGGCUUGCCUCAGGAACAGAUGUGUGGAUCCGUGUCCGGGAUCAUGCGGUGUUAACGCUGAAUGUACCGUUUACCAACACGAUCCGAUAUGCCGAUGUGUCCACGGGUUCAUAGGAAAUCCGUAUGAGCACUGUAAACCAACUAUUACAGCUGUGGAAGCAGAAACUUGUGACCACAUUCAAUGUGGUGCUAACGCUGUAUGCGAAGAUCUGAAUGGAGCACUUACAUGCACAUGUUUGCCGAAUUUCUAUGGAAACCCGUACCUCUCAUGCAGACCUGAAUGUGUUGCCAACAGCGACUGUAGUCCUACGCUAGCAUGUCUGAACAACAAAUGUGAAAAUCCAUGCAAUGGCGUUUGUGGAGUUAGCGCUCUGUGUGAAACUGUGAACCAUCACGCCGUGUGUUACUGUCCGCCCGGCCAGUCUGGCGACCCGUACGUGCGCUGCCAACCGGCUCCAGAUACCCCGACCACUCCAACACUAUCCAUUUGUGAUCCUUCCCCUUGUGGACCAUACAGCAGAUGCCUCGUUUCACCAUCCGGAUUCGCCGUGUGCUCUUGUCUCCCAGGAUAUAAGGGAGUAGCACCUAUGUGCCAGCCAGAGUGCGUUAGCACAUCGGAUUGCCGACAGACGGAAACAUGCGUGAACCAAAAAUGUAUAGAUCCAUGCCAAGGUAGCUGCGGAGUGGAUGCUGAAUGUAUGGUUAUAAAUCACAACCCCAUAUGCACAUGUGGUCCAGGAUCCACAGGAGAUCCAUUUGUUCGCUGUGUGCCAGACGUACACGAGAAGUCAGAUGGCAAGAAUCCGUGUGUACCGUCGCCGUGCGGGCCAAACUCAAUAUGUGAAGUGAAAUCAAAUCAUCCCGUCUGUUCAUGUGGACCAAAUUAUUCGGGAACACCACCAUAUUGUCGCCCCGAGUGCAUCAUUAGCCAAGAAUGUCCAUCUAAUCAAGCAUGUAUCAAUGAAAAAUGCAGGGAUCCAUGUAUUGGAUCAUGUGGAAGCAACGCCAAGUGUGACGUUAUCAACCAUACGCCUUUGUGCAGUUGUUUGGACGGUUAUAGAGGAGAUGCUUUCAUCGGUUGCAAUCCGAUCAUAAAGGACGAAACACCUGCUCCUUGCAACCCAUCGCCUUGCGGAGACAAUACAAUUUGUACAGUAAUGAAUGGAGUCGCUCGUUGUUCCUGCAUACCUCCAAACAUUGGAAAUCCUUAUGCUGGAGGAUGUCGACCAGAAUGUUCUUUGAACUCUGACUGUCCUAACAACCUUGCUUGUUUGUCAAACCACUGCCGUGAUCCAUGCAGAGAUUUAUGCGGUGUAAACGCAGAGUGUACUGUUACCAAUCAUUUGCCCGUCUGCACUUGCUUCAAAGGUCAUACGGGUGAUCCUUUCUCAUCUUGUAGACCGCAAUCGAGACCAUUGGCACCAAUGAACCCAUGCGAGCCGUCCCCGUGCGGGCCCAACAGCGAGUGCCACGUGUCGAACGACCGCGCGGCGUGCUCGUGCCGGCCCGGCUACACGGGCACGCCGCCCGGCUGCCGCCCCGAGUGCGUCAUCAACUCCGACUGCCCCGCCAACAGAGCCUGCAUCAACCUCAAGUGCAUAGACCCCUGCGUGCACAGUUGCGGCAUAGACGCGCGGUGCCAUGUGGUUGGACACAAUCCGAUCUGCACAUGUCCCGAGAAUCUUCCUGACGGCGAUCCGUUUAUCAAAUGCAACAGGAAAACAAUGAUGUACCCGCCACCGGACCCGUGCCUGCCGUCGCCUUGCGGGCCGCACUCGUCGUGCCGCAGCGAGGGCGGGCGCGCCGUGUGCGCGUGCGAGCCGGGCACGCUGGGCGCGCCGCCCUCGUGCCGCCCGCAGUGCGUCAUCAACCAGGACUGCCCGCUGGCGCUGGCCUGCCUGGCCGGCUCCUGCGUCAACCCCUGCGCCGGCUCCUGCGGCUUCAACGCGCGCUGCGUCGUGCAGAACCACCGCCCGCUGUGCUCCUGUGAUGAAGGGUACUCUGGUGAUCCAUUCGCCGGUUGUAACCAUCUUGAAACACCCAAAGAUAUACCGAGUCAUCCGUGCAGUCCGUCGCCUUGCGGACCGAAUGCUAUAUGCAAUGAAAGAAACGGCGCAGGCUCCUGCACUUGUGCAGAUGACUUUUUCGGGGAUCCGUACCUUGGUUGCCGUCCUGAAUGUGUCAUGAAUACGGACUGCCCGUCAGACAGAUCAUGCUUCAACAAUAAAUGUGUGGACCCUUGCCCGGGUAUCUGUGGGCAGAAUGCUAAAUGUAAUGUCAUCAACCACGCACCUUCAUGUUACUGCUUACCUGGAUAUAGUGGAAACCCUCUAUACGCAUGCUCUCCUAUUACGAUUGUAGCUGAGCAUUUGGAUCCUUGCAAUCCUUCACCUUGCGGACCGUACAGUAACUGUCGUACAUUUAAUGGGCAUGCCGUUUGCACUUGUCUUGAAAAGUGUAUCGGAUCGCCACCGAAUUGCCGACCGGAAUGUAUCGUUAGUUCUGACUGCAGACCAAACUUGGCCUGUAUGAACCAAAAAUGUAAGGACCCUUGUCCGGGAAUGUGUGGUAUUAAUGCACAGUGUCAAGUGGUGAACCACAACCCUAUAUGCAGUUGUCUAAAUGGACAUACCGGAGAUCCUUUCAUUAGAUGUUACAUAGAAGAACGCGAUAUGAUUCCUAUAAACAAAUGCGAACCAAACCCAUGUGGACCAAAUUCUCUAUGCAAAGAGAUUAACAAUGUGGCAGUAUGCUCAUGCUCAAGGAACUAUAUCGGUCGUCCACCGAACUGUAGGCCGGAGUGUGUGAUAGACGUGGAGUGCCCCGGCAACCUGGCGUGCAUCUCCGAGCGCUGCGGCGACCCGUGCCCCGGCUCGUGCGGCCCGCACGCCGCCUGCAACGUCGUCAAACACGUGCCGAUAUGCACUUGCGAUUUAGGGUACACAGGAGAUCCAUUCUCAGGAUGCUAUCCAACUCCAAAUAUCGAACCUCAAGUAGAAAGUCCAUGUUCACGAUCACCGUGUGGCGCCAAUGCUCUGUGUAAAGAACGAAACGGAGUAGGCUCGUGCACUUGCCUUCCGGAAUAUUACGGUGACCCGUAUACAGAAUGCAGGCCAGAAUGUGUCUUGAACUCCGACUGUACUAAAGACAGAGCGUGUAUAAAUAACAAAUGCAAGGAUCCAUGCCCCGGAGUGUGCGGGAUGAACGCCGAAUGUCGCGUCAACAACCACGCGCCGUCGUGCGCCUGCCUGCCUGGCUAUGAAGGAAAUCCGUUCACUUCUUGUUACAUAACUGUAAUAGAAGAGCCGGUAAAUCCAUGUUUGCCUUCACCCUGUGGUCCAUUCAGUAUAUGCCGAGUAAACGAUAGGCAUGCGAUAUGUUCUUGUCAAGAGCAGUACUUUGGCUCUCCUCCUAAUUGCCGACCGGAGUGCAUGGUCAGCAGUGAGUGCAUGCCCAACAAGGCUUGUUACAACCAAAGAUGUAUCGACCCGUGCGUUGGCGCUUGUGGUACAAAUGCUAAAUGCAGUGUGGUCAACCACAAUGCCUUAUGCAGCUGUCCUAAUAAUUACGCCGGAGAUCCUUUCGUACAUUGCGCUGUCGCAGAUAGACCACAACCAAAACCUAGUGGUAACCCAUGUGUGCCAUCACCGUGUGGUCCAAACUCACAGUGUAGAGUUAUCGGAGAGACUCCAGCUUGCUCAUGUGAACCUGGCUACGUGGGACGAGCGCCCAACUGCCGCCCUGAAUGUAUCUAUGACGGAGAAUGCCCGAGCAACCUAGCGUGUGUCCGCGAGAAGUGUAUCAACCCUUGUGAUGGAUCUUGCGGAUCAAAUACCGAUUGUGUAGUCAUAAAUCACAAAGCCGCUUGUCAUUGCCGUGAAGGCUACACUGGUGAUCCUUUUAGAGGUUGCCGAUUUUUAAUAACGGUAGCCGUCGAAGAAGAAGUAAACCCGUGCAAUCCUUCACCUUGUGGACCUAAUGCUAUAUGCACUGAGAAGUAUUCGGCAGGAGCGUGCACGUGUGAACCAGGAUACUUUGGUGACCCGUACCUCGGUUGUAGACCAGAAUGUGUUACAAAUAACGAUUGCCCGACAGACAAAGCAUGCUCCAACAAUAAAUGCGUAAAUCCAUGUCAAAGUGCUUGUGGCAUAAACGCACAAUGCCACGUGGCUCACCAUACUCCUGUUUGUUUAUGCAUUGAUGGGUACGAAGGAAAUCCUGUAGUAUCAUGCCACCCGCAACGAUCACCACCACUCGCUGAUACCAAUCCAUGUGUGCCUUCACCGUGCGGACCGUAUAGUACUUGCAAAGUGUUGGAAGGUCACGGAGUGUGCUCGUGCCAGCAAGGCUACGUGGGCUCGCCGCCCAUGUGCCGGCCCGAGUGCGUGAUCAGCACGGACUGCCCGCAGCACCAGGCGUGCAUGAACCAGAAGUGCAAAGACCCGUGCCCGGGAACUUGCGGCGUAAACGCCCGAUGCCAAGUCAUUAAUCAUAAUCCUAUUUGCACUUGCAAGCCAGGAUUCUCUGGUGAUCCGUUCGUUACAUGCCGCGUACAGCAAAAACCUAUCUUUGAGGGACCUAAGGGAAAUCCAUGCAUACCUUCACCAUGUGGUCCAUAUUCUCAAUGUAAAUUAGUUGGAGAAGCGCCUGCAUGUUCUUGCUUACCAAACUAUAUUGGUAUUGCACCAAACUGUAGACCGGAAUGUUCCAUCAACGCGGAGUGUCCCGGUAACCUUGCAUGUCAGAAUGAGAAAUGUGUAGAUCCGUGUCCGGGGUCAUGUGGUUUCAACGCGGAAUGCUCUGUAGGAAAUCAUGUUGCUCUUUGUAAUUGUUUGCCCGGACAUACUGGAGAUCCUUUCAGCGGAUGUUCAAGAAUUGAAUAUGUCUCCGAACCGCCACCAAACCCAUGCAACCCCUCGCCUUGCGGAGCAAACGCUCAGUGUAAAGAAAGGAAUGGAGUUGGAUCAUGUUCUUGUUUGCCUGAAUAUUUCGGAGAUCCUUACACAGGCUGCAGGCCCGAAUGUGUGUCCAACUCUGAUUGCGACAGAAAUAAGGCUUGUUCGAACAACCGAUGCAAGGACCCUUGCCCAGGGGCUUGUGGCAUUAAUGCUGAAUGUAGAACUGUUAACCAUUCACCAACUUGCUCGUGUCUCAACGGCUACAGUGGAAACCCAUUGGUCCGAUGUGAAAUCGAUCGAAUUCCACCAAGAGAAGAAACAGUACUUGAUUCCUGUCAGCCAUCUCCCUGCGGUCCAAAUAGUCUUUGUCGAGCCGUCAACGGCCACAGUGUGUGCUCUUGUGAGAGUGGAUUCAUUGGGACUCCGCCAUCUUGUCGACCGGAAUGUAUCGUCAGCUCAGAGUGUCCACAAAACAAAGCGUGCGUCAACAAGAAGUGCAUUGACCCAUGUCCGAAUACAUGUGGUCUUAACGCCCGAUGCCAAGUUAUUACACACAAUCCCAUAUGCAGCUGCACACCUGGUUUCACCGGGGAUCCGUUCACAAGAUGUUCACCAGAAGAAAAAAUGGUACAAACAAACCCUUGCGUUCCUUCUCCAUGUGGACCGAACUCGGAAUGCCGUGUAAUUGGCGACCAAGCAGCUUGCUCUUGUAUGCCGAACUACAUCGGCCGAGUUCCGAACUGCAGGCCAGAAUGUACAAUUGACGCUGAAUGUCCAAGUAAUGCUGCUUGCAUAAAUGAACGAUGCAAAGACCCUUGCCAAGGUGGAUGCGGACUCAAUGCUUUGUGUCUGACCGUCAAUCACAGACCUAUUUGUAGUUGCCAGCAAGGAUUUACAGGAGAUGCAUCGAGUAAUUGUGUCCAGAUGGUGAUAUCAUCCACUGAGGUGACACCAACAUCUAGUCCUUGCACGCCGUCCCCGUGUGGACCAAACGCAGAAUGCCGAGAACACAACGGAGCCGGCGCCUGCUUCUGCUCGGAGGCCUACGAGGGAGACCCGUACAGUCCCCAGGGAUGUCGCAGGGAAUGUGAGAACAACGACGAGUGUGCGCCGAACUUGGCAUGCACCCGCUUCAAGUGCAUAGACCCAUGCCCGAGGACGUGCGGCCAAAUGGCUCAGUGUACUGUUGAAAAUCAUGUGCCUGUGUGCAGUUGCCCACGUGGCUACUCUGGAGAUCCAUUCUUCCAAUGCAGGGAAAUCGUAUUAGAUUCUACACCACCACAAAACCCAUGCGAGCCUACCCCUUGUGGACCGAAUAGUCAAUGCAGACAAGUGAACAUGCAAGCCGUUUGUUCAUGUCUACCGAACUACGUUGGAUCACCGCCAGGAUGCAGACCUGAAUGUGUUGUGAACAGCGAAUGUGAUACUUCUAAGGCUUGCAUCAAUCAGAAAUGUGAUGACCCAUGUCCGAACACUUGUGGACUGAGAGCACAUUGCCUUGUGAAGAACCAUAAUCCAAUAUGUACUUGCCCUCUGGGAAUGACAGGCGAUCCAUUUACUCAAUGCUAUUCGAUACCAGUCACAACUGAGAGACCUCCUUCAUGUAAUCCGUCCCCAUGUGGCCCUCACUCUCGCUGUCAGUUGCUGGCUAGCGGACCGGCUUGCUCCUGCCUGCCAGGAUAUGUGGGCUCCCCACCAUCGUGCAGACCGGAAUGUACCAUCAACUCUGAAUGUCCUGCGUCGCUGGCGUGUGUACGACAGAAAUGCGAAGAUCCAUGCCCUGGCUCAUGCGGUAUUGAUGCCAGCUGCCAUGUUUUGAAUCAUGUUGCAGUUUGCGUAUGCAAUGAAGGUUACAGUGGUGAUCCAUUCUCCAGAUGCUCACCGGUUUUGGCAGCACCAACUACACCUGAACCAACUGACCCUUGCAAUCCAUCGCCUUGUGGACCAAAUGCUCAAUGUGAUAAUGGCUUCUGCACUUGUUUGCCGGAGUACAAUGGAAAUCCAUAUGAAUCCUGCAGACCGGAAUGUACGGGAAGUCAAGAAUGUCCCAGAGAUAAGGCUUGCUUCAGAAACAAAUGCCGUGACCCAUGUCCAGGCGUGUGUGGACAAAACGCCAAAUGUGACGUCAUCAAUCACAUACCAACAUGCUCGUGUAUUUCUGAUUACACUGGAGAUCCGUUUACUCAUUGUCAUCCAAUGGAAGAAGUUAAACAACAACCAAGAGAUCCUUGUCACCCAUCACCUUGCGGACCUAACAGCGUGUGCAGAAAUGUUGAUAAUACUGGUGUGUGUGCUUGUAUGGAAGGAUUCCAAGGCUCUCCACCAGCUUGUAGACCAGAAUGUGUUGUUAGCUCAGAGUGUCCAUCAGUUAAGGCCUGCGUCAAUCAGAAGUGCAUAAACCCAUGCAUCAAUGCAUGCGGCUCAUCAGCAAGGUGUGAGGUUAUAAACCACAGCCCCAUUUGCAGUUGCAAUGCAGGACAAACGGGUGAUCCAUUCAAGAGUUGCUACGACAUAGUGGCGUCACCACCAGAUCCAGUAGACGCUUGUAACCCCUCUCCGUGUGGCCCUAAUGCGGAAUGUUUAGAUAGAAAUGGAAAAGCUAACUGCAAAUGUAUUGAUACUUACAUAGGACAACCUCCAAACUGUCGACCUGAAUGUGUCAUUAAUCCUGAUUGCCCAUCGAACCAGGCAUGUAUACGAAACAGAUGUGUAGACCCGUGUCCAGGCUCCUGUGGAGUUAACGCUGACUGUCUUGUCAUCAGUCACACGGUUUCGUGCAGUUGCAAGGAAAAGUACACUGGGAAUCCAUUUUUACAAUGUGUCCCACAAGAAGAUAAAGUAGUCCAACCUUGUGAUCCAUCACCGUGUGGAGCGAACGCAAUAUGCACGCAACGCGACGGCGCGGGUGCUUGCUCCUGCCUGGAAGGCUACCAAGGAAACCCGUAUGACGGCUGUCGGCCAGAGUGCGUGCUCAGCUCAGACUGUUCGGCAGACAAAUCCUGCAUUAGGAACAAGUGCGCUGACCCUUGCCCAGGAGUGUGCGGAUCUAACGCAGAAUGUUCGGUCAUCAACCACGUGCCAUCGUGCGCUUGCAUAAAGGGAUUCUCAGGAAAUCCAUUCGUACAAUGCUCGAGGGAUGAAAUACCAGAGCUGACCAGACCCUGCCAACCAUCGCCCUGUGGACCUAACAGUAUCUGUAGAGAGAACGGCGGCUUAGCCUCAUGUGAAUGUCUUCCUGAGUACCGAGGAGCGCCACCUGACUGCCGACCAGAAUGCACGGUUAACAGCGAGUGUCCUACAGACCGAGCUUGUCAUAGACUGAAGUGCGCUGAUCCUUGCCGAGGUACUUGUGGUAUAGGAGCGCAUUGUCAAGUGGUCAAUCACAGUCCUCUCUGUAGUUGCCCAGCUGGCUACAGCGGAGAUCCAUUUACAAGAUGUGUUGAAAUACCAAGAUCAGAACCUCCGAUUGAAACUCCGCUGCAACCAUGCCAGCCUAACCCAUGCGGACCGUACAGUGAGUGUCGACCACUCAACGGAAAUCCGUCCUGUUCUUGCUCGCAGGGCUACAUGGGCGCUCCACCAAAUUGCCACCCAGAAUGUAUUGUAAACACUGACUGCCCCUCACAUCAAGCUUGUAUUGCUGAGAAAUGUACAAACCCUUGCGAAGGUUCGUGUGGAUUCAGAGCUGAAUGUCGAGUUCAUGAUCACAUACCUAUAUGCAGCUGUCCUUCAAGUUAUUCUGGCGAUCCAUUCAUUCAAUGCUCCGAAGUUAUUUUAACGCCAACACAAUCACCUGACCCUUGCGCCCUGUCGCCUUGUGGAAGCAACGCUCUAUGCGAUGACGGCCAAUGCUCUUGCGCGCCAGGGUACUUCGGUGAUCCGUACUUCGGUUGCCGAUUGGAAUGCAGCACGAACGGCGAAUGUUCUCCGACAAAGACCUGUCAAGGAGGCAAGUGUGUGGACCCGUGUCCGGGAGCGUGCGGCACCAGCGCCGUGUGCGCCGUCAACAACCACAUCCCGUCCUGCACGUGCCCGCCCGGCACGUCUGGCGAUCCAUUUAACUUCUGCGCCGAAGUUGUUGUCAAGGAUAUACAAUUACAGACAUCGGCUUGCUCUCCAUCACCUUGUGGUCCAUACAGUGAAUGCUCAGUGAGCGGUAACGGAGCGGCGGCGUGCUCGUGCCGCGCCGGCCACAUCGGCUCCCCGCCCAACUGCCGACCCGAGUGUCUGGUCAGUGCCGAGUGUAAGCUGCAGCACGCGUGCAUAGAGCGCCGCUGCCGAGACCCGUGCGAGGGAGCUUGCGGACGAGGCGCCAGGUGCCACGUCAUAGCGCACUCACCGAUCUGUACCUGCAAUGACGGAUACACUGGCGAUCCAUUCACUUACUGCUACCCUGCUCCAGCUCCACCAUCACAACCGAUAGACCCGUGCCAACCGUCCCCCUGUGGACCGAACUCGAUAUGUGUGAACACGGGUGAGAUCCCGGCGUGCAGUUGCCAGCCGGGCUACCGCGGGGCGCCGCCCAAUUGCCGGCCGGAGUGCACCAUCAGCGCGGAGUGCGGCGGCGCGCUGGCGUGCGUGAACCUGCGCUGCCGCGACCCGUGCGCGCAGGCGUGCGGGCCGCGCGCCACGUGCGCCGUGGUGGACCACCGCGCCGUCUGCGCCUGUCCGCCCGGACUAGAGGGCGACCCCUUCCAGGGUUGCUCUCCCGCCAAGGCUCCAACAUUGAACGAAUACCUUAACCCGUGUGAGCCAUCUCCGUGCGGUUCUAAUGCGGAGUGCAAAGUGCAAGGCAGCGCCGGAUCUUGUACUUGUCUACCCGAGUACUUCGGAGACCCAUACCAAGGCUGUAGACCAGAAUGUGUGACCGACUCCGACUGUCCAUUAACUUUAGCUUGCAAUCGGAAUAAAUGCACAGACCCUUGUCCUGGUGUUUGUGGCUACAAUGCCGAUUGCUAUGUAACCAACCACAGACCUAUGUGCAACUGUAAGCAAGGAUACUCAGGAAAUGCAUUUAAAAUGUGCUCAAUUGAUACAGAAAAAGAUGUAGUAAUUGUUAACGUAUGUUCACCAUCUCCAUGUGGAGCCAAUUCAAUAUGUAAGGAAGUGAACGGCCAGCCCGUGUGUUCGUGCUUUACCAACUACAUUGGAUCACCUCCCAACUGUAGACCAGAGUGUGUGGUGAACUCAGAUUGCAAAACGAACCGAGCUUGCGUGAACCAGCGAUGUAUCAACCCGUGCCCGAAGCCGUGCGGGCAGAAUACUGAGUGUAAGGUCAUUAACCACAGCCCCGUAUGCACCUGCCGGAAUGGGUAUUCGGGUAAUCCAUUCACAGUUUGCAGUUUGUCACUUCAAACAGAACCUAGUGUAGUGGCUCCUACGGAUCCAUGUUUACCUUCACCUUGUGGACUUAAUGCUGAAUGUCGCAACAACAACGGAAUCCCAUCUUGCUCGUGUUUACCAACCUAUGUGGGCUCUCCGCCAUAUUGCCGACCGGAGUGCGUCGUGCAUUCUGACUGUCCCAGUGACCAAGCUUGCUUAGCGGAAAAAUGCCGCAAUCCUUGUGAAGGCUCCUGCGGAUCCUACGCGGACUGCUUCGUGAAUAAUCACGUGCCGGUGUGUCGCUGCCCUGAUGGUUUCAUGGGAGAUCCAUUCAGACAGUGUAUCCCAAAGCCGCCUGAAGAUACAACACCAUCAGCUCCAGUGGAUCCCUGUCGUCCAAGUCCUUGUGGCUCAAAUGCGUUAUGUAACAAUGGCGCUUGCACUUGCAUGGAAGGCUAUCAUGGUAACCCGUACUUCGGUUGUCGCCCUGAAUGCGUUUACAAUUCAGACUGUACAUCGGAUAAGAUCUGUCAAAGAAACAAAUGCGUCAAUCCUUGCAUCGGAACUUGUGCUGCCAACGCUAUAUGCGAAGUGAUGAAUCAUAUUCCUAUGUGCAUAUGUCCGAAAGGCAUGAGCGGGAAUGCGUUUGUUGAAUGCCGCUUCUCAGCAGUAGUGGCAACAAACCCUUGUAACCCGUCGCCUUGCGGACCGAACAGCCAAUGUCGUCAAUCAAACGGACAAGCGGUGUGUUCCUGUGUCCCUGGCUACCGAGGCAGUCCUCCGACUUGUCGACCGGAAUGCAUCGUCAGUGCAGAGUGUCCGCUGCGGGAAGCUUGCAAUAACCAACGCUGCGUCAACCCGUGUGUUGGAGCAUGCGGAGUUGCAGCGAUUUGUGAAGUCAUCAAUCAUAACCCGAUCUGCACGUGUCCACCAGAUUUUACUGGAGAUCCGUUUUUACGAUGCGUCAUUGUUGCUGCUUCAGAGGUGCAAGUAAAUCCAUGUGAACCUUCACCGUGUGGACCAAAUUCUGUGUGCAAAAUCAAUGGAAACAGCCCACUAUGCGCAUGUUUGCCAAACUACCAAGGCACUCCACCAUAUUGUCGACCAGAAUGCAUAAGUAACAACGAAUGCGACUAUAGCCGUGCCUGUCAGAAUAUGAAAUGUGUGGAUCCGUGUGUCGGCAGUUGUGGAACUAACGCAGAGUGUAGAGUCGUAAGCCACUCGCCCAUGUGUAUCUGUCAAACUGGCUACACCGGAGAUCCAUUCUCUUACUGCAGCCCUCAGGCUAUUAUGGAGCCAACUGAAGUACUAUCACCGUGCAGCCCCAGUCCUUGCGGAUCCAACGCUAUCUGCAAAGAACAGAGAGGUGUCGGCGCUUGCCAAUGCGCAGAAGGCUAUUCCGGCAAUCCCUAUGAAGGCUGUCGUCCAGAAUGUAUUGUUAAUUCUGAUUGCCCACUUAAUAAAGCGUGUUCUAGAAUGAAAUGCAUUGACCCAUGUCCAGGAACAUGCGGGUCCAAUGCACUUUGCCAAGUCAACAACCAUAUGCCUACAUGCGUAUGCCAGACUGGAUAUAGCGGAAAUCCGUUCAGUUACUGCUCGAUUAUGCAAGAACCUCAAGUUGUCGAGAAGAGGAACCCCUGUUCACCAUCGCCUUGUGGUCCCAACAGCCAAUGCAAAGAAAUUAAUCAGCAAUCAGUAUGCUCAUGCUUGCCUGACUUUGAAGGAGCUCCACCGAACUGUCGACCUGAGUGCGUAGUGAGCUCGGAAUGUGCAUCGACCGAGGCGUGUGUGAACCAGAAGUGUGUGGAUCCCUGCGUCGGCUCCUGUGGCGUUAACGCAAACUGCAACGUCAUCAAUCACAGCCCCAUCUGCGUUUGUAAACAAGGGUUGACUGGAAAUCCAUUUACAAGAUGUUAUCCUAUAAAGGUAUCUCAAGCACCACAAUAUUUACCACCUCAAGACCCGUGCUUGCCUUCACCAUGCGGUUUAUACGCUGAGUGUCGAAACAUCGGAGGAAGUCCUUCAUGUGCUUGCCAGUCUGGCUACGUGGGGAACCCGCCUAACUGUAGGCCAGAGUGCACGAUCAACUCUGAAUGUCCGAGUAACCAGGCGUGUAUCAACGAGAAAUGCCGCGAUCCUUGUCCUGGAGCCUGUGGGUUGAAUGCCCAAUGCACAGUCUUCAACCAUGUGGCUCAAUGUAGCUGCAUGGAACAGUACACUGGAGAUGCGUUUACGCAAUGUCAGCUCAAACCUGUUGAUGUUCAAUAUUCGGAGCUGGACCCUUGUAAUCCAUCACCUUGCGGCGCGAACACAGAGUGCAAUAACGGUGUUUGCACCUGCUUACCUGAAUACCAAGGCGAUCCAUACUUCGGUUGUCGACCAGAAUGUAUAAUGAGCGCUGACUGCCCUCAAAACAAAGCAUGUAUGAGGAACAAGUGUGUCGACCCUUGCCUGAAUAACUGCGGAGUAGGAGCAAUUUGCAACGUAUUCAAUCACGUCCCUAUGUGCACGUGCCCUCAGAGAUAUUCUGGAAAUGCAUUUAUUGAAUGCAGGCCUGUAGCUGAUGUCGAAGUAAUAAAUCCAUGCAAUCCAUCCCCGUGCGGACCUAACAGUCAAUGCAGAGAAAUACGGGGACAAGCUAUCUGCACAUGUAUCCCCGGGUACAUCAGCUCACCUCCCACUUGUAGACCGGAAUGCGUCACUAGUGCAGAAUGUACGCUCGACAAAUCUUGCUCUAAUCAGAAGUGCGUUGAUCCUUGCAGAGGAAACUGCGGGUUGCAGGCCAUGUGCCAGGUCAUCAACCACAACCCGAUUUGCUCUUGCCCUUCGGGUAUGACUGGAGACCCAUUCACUAGAUGUAUAGCUGAAGAUGUUCAACCACCUCCUUAUGUCAACCCUUGUCAACCAUCGCCUUGUGGACCUAACUCUAUUUGCAAAGAAAUAGGCAACUCACCAUCAUGUGCAUGCCUCGACAAUUAUCUAGGAAGUCCUCCUAACUGCAGACCAGAGUGUAUUGCCAAUUCCGAAUGUCCAAACGAGUUGGCUUGCAUAAACCAGAAAUGCAAAGAUCCGUGCCCAGGAACUUGUGGCACUGAUGCCGAGUGCCGAGUUGUGAGCCACUCGCCUCAAUGUAUCUGUCCCCAAGGAUAUAUGGGUGAUCCGUUCAUUGGAUGUCGAGUGAUGGACACGCCUCUGACUCCCUGCACACCAUCCCCAUGUGGAGCUAAUGCUGUGUGCAAGGAACAAAGAAGUGCAGGAUCAUGCGUUUGUCUGCCAGAAUAUAUUGGAAAUCCUUACGAAGGGUGUCGACCAGAAUGCGUUGUCAACUCAGAUUGCUCUACAAACUUGGCUUGUAUUCAGAGUAAAUGCAAGAAUCCUUGCAUGAACAUUUGCGGACAGAAUGCGAUAUGUAAUGUCAUAAAUCAUUCUCCACGAUGUGAAUGUAUACCUGGACUGACUGGAAAUCCCUACCAAAACUGUUAUGAAAAACCUCAAGACACACAAAUAGUACAACGAGAUCCGUGCAUUCCUUCACCAUGUGGGCCAAACAGUGUUUGCAAAGUAUCGAAUGAGCAGGCCGUGUGCACUUGCCAGCCGGAGUACCGCGGCACCCCGCCAUCUUGCCGACCAGAGUGCUCAAUAAGCUCAGAAUGCCCACAACAUCAAGCGUGCAUUCGACAGAAGUGUAGGAAUCCUUGUGAGGGCGUAUGUGGUCAGAAUACGGAUUGCAAAGUAAUCAACCACAGCCCUAUUUGCUCCUGCAGGGCAAGGUUUACGGGCGAUCCAUUCAGCAACUGUUAUCCGAUUCCAGUUGCGGACGUGGUUGCUGAACCAACAAAUCCUUGCGUACCAUCUCCGUGUGGGCCCUUAUCUCAGUGCCGAGACAUAGGCGGAACCCCGUCUUGCAGCUGCUUGCCUCAGUACAUCGGGAGUCCACCGAAUUGUAGGCCAGAAUGCACUCUCAACACCGAUUGUUCCAAUGACAAAGCCUGUAUCAAUGAGAAGUGCAUAGAUCCGUGCCCUGGAUCGUGUGGAUUAAAUGCUAAUUGUGUUGUGCAGAACCACGUUUCUAUCUGUUCGUGUAUCGACGGCUAUACAGGAGAUCCAUUCAACAGUUGUUCACCAAAGCCUGUGCAAGAUACUCGUCCUAAAGACCUUUGCAACCCGUCACCAUGCGGAUCCAACGCGGUGUGUGACCAAGGCGUCUGCACAUGUUUACCAGAAUUCCAAGGAGAUCCGUACUUCUCGUGCAGACCUGAAUGCAUCAUGAGUUCGGAAUGUCCAAUGGACAAGGCUUGUGUGAGAAACCGAUGCGUUAAUCAGUGUGUCAACACUUGUGGUACAAAUGCAAACUGCCAAGUCAUAAACCAUAUGGCUAUUUGUACUUGCCCUCCGAGAAUGACUGGCAACGCAUUUAUUCAAUGCAGUCCAGUAAGAGAAAUGGAGCCAGUUAACCCUUGUCAACCCAGCCCAUGCGGUUCAAACAGCCAAUGUAGGGAGUUGAACGGUCAAGCUGUUUGCUCGUGCUUAUCGGGAUACAGAGGAGCUCCUCCUUCUUGUAGACCAGAGUGCGUGUCCAGCGCAGAGUGUCCGCAGAACCAGGCAUGCUCCAACCAGAAAUGUAUCAACCCAUGUGUGGGGUCCUGUGGUGUAGCCGCCAAAUGCCAGGUUAUCAAUCAUAACCCGAUCUGUACUUGUUCACCGGGAUACACCGGGGAUCCAUUUACGAGAUGCACAUUGAUACCUCAAGCAUUGCCACCAGUGAACCCAUGUCAACCGUCACCAUGUGGACCUAAUUCCAUUUGUCAGCAAACUGGCGGAGACAUUCCAUCUUGUCAAUGCAUGCCCGACUUCAUGGGAGCACCUCCGAACUGCCGUCCUGAAUGUAUAUCCAACAGUGAAUGCCCAUCACAGCAGGCGUGUAUAAACAGAAAAUGUAGAGACCCAUGUCUCAAUGCCUGUGGUGUCAACUCUGAAUGCCGAGUUAUAAGCCACACACCUACAUGCUUUUGUAGAGAUGGAUAUACAGGAGAUGCGGCUGUCCAGUGCAAUAUAGUCGCUUUCGCACAAAUUGAACAGCUGUCUCCCUGCACCCCGUCCCCUUGUGGACCAAAUGCUGACUGUAGAGAACAAUCAGGCGCCGGAUCAUGUAUGUGUAUAGCGGGAUACUUUGGAAACCCAUACGAGGGAUGUCGUCCCGAGUGUCUGGUGAACUCCGACUGUCCGAGCAACAGGGCCUGUACAAGGAACAAGUGCAUAGAUCCGUGCCCAGGAACAUGUGGGGUGAAUGCGGAUUGUCAAGUCGUGAACCACGCGCCGUUGUGCACGUGCCGUAAUGGAUACACAGGGGAUCCCUUCCAACAGUGUAUCAUAAGACCAGCUCAACAAGACACGCAGAGAUCUGAUCCUUGCCAGCCAUCACCAUGCGGUCCUAACAGUCAAUGCAGAGUUGUAAAUGAGCAAAGCGUUUGCUCCUGUAAACCAGAAUACCUGGGUUCACCACCUAACUGUCGCCCGGAAUGUGUCGUCAGCAGCGAAUGUUCCUCGGAUAAGACUUGUCAGAACCAGAAGUGCGUGUCACCAUGCCCCGGCCCAUGCGGCGUCAAUUCUGAUUGCAGAGUCAUAAAUCACAGCCCAAUUUGUACAUGCAAGCUUAGAUUCACUGGCGAUCCAUUUACGAGGUGUUACCAAGUUCCAGUAUUAUCUACGCCUGUGAUAGAAACCGAUCCUUGCGUACCAUCCCCAUGUGGCCCCAACUCUCAAUGCCGAAACAUCCGCGGCACACCAUCGUGCUCAUGUCUGCAGAACUUUGAGGGCAGUCCACCAAACUGCAGGCCCGAAUGUUCAAUCAACGAAGAUUGCCCCAGCAACCUCGCCUGUAUGAACCAGAAAUGUAGAGACCCCUGCCCCGGAUCGUGUGGGCUCAAUGCUAACUGCCAAGUUAUCAAACACGUAUCUAUCUGUUCUUGCAUUGACGGAUAUACUGGAAACGCAUUUACGCAAUGCACUCCGAUGCCCCAAGACGAGCCUCAAGAUCCUUGCAACCCAUCGCCUUGCGGACCCAACGCCCUAUGCAACAAUGGCCAAUGUAGUUGUCUUCCAGAGUUCAUAGGAGAUCCUUACUCCGGUUGUAGACCUGAAUGUGUUCAGAGUUCAGAGUGUGAUAGGAACAAGGCGUGUAUGAACAACAAGUGCAAGGAUCCUUGCCCUGGCACGUGUGCUGCUAAUGCAAGGUGUGACGUCAUCAACCACAUACCUAUGUGCAGUUGCCCUGAAAGGAUGACUGGUAACGCAUUUGUUGAGUGUCGUCCCAUGGCAGACCCAAUUAAUGUAAAUCCGUGCCAGCCAUCACCUUGCGGUCCGAACAGUCAGUGCAGAGAAAUAAACGGCCAAGCUGUUUGUUCAUGUUCUCCCAACUUCAUCGGAGCGCCUCCAUCGUGCCGGCCCGAGUGCACCAUCAGCGCCGAGUGUCCCCUGGACGAGGCCUGCAGCAACCAGCGCUGCAGUGAUCCGUGUAUUGGCUCGUGUGGAGUAGGAGCAAUAUGUAAAGUAGUCAACCACAAUCCAAUAUGUUCCUGCCCGACCUCUUACACUGGAGAUCCGUUUACAAGGUGUAUGCGUUUACCGGAACAAGAACCUAUUCGAACUAACCCCUGCCAACCGUCACCAUGCGGCCCUAACUCAUUGUGUAGAGAAAUCAACGAGGCACCAACAUGCACAUGCAUGGAAGGCUACCAUGGACAACCUCCUUAUUGCAGACCAGAAUGUACCAGCAACGAGGAAUGUUCUCUGCAUUUAUCUUGUGUUAACCAGAAGUGUAAAGAUCCCUGUCAGGGAGUUUGUGGAGUCAACGCAGAAUGCAGAGUAGUCAGCCACUCGCCGAUAUGUCUGUGUGCUGUUGGGUACACGGGCGAUCCAUUUAAUGGUUGCAAUUUGACUCCCUUAUUCUCAGAGCCUGUUGCCACGCCUUGCUCACCUUCCCCGUGUGGUGCUAAUGCUAUUUGUAAGGAACGAAACAAUGCCGGUUCAUGUGCUUGUAUCGAGGGUUAUAUAGGUAAUCCAUACGAGGCUUGCAGGCCAGAAUGUGCUGUAAACACUGACUGUCCAACAAAUAUGGCGUGUAUCAAUAGUAAAUGCGCCGACCCAUGUCCGGGAAGCUGUGGAACCAACGCGGAAUGUCAAGUAGUGAAUCAUUCACCGUUGUGUACUUGCUUCAACAGUUACACCGGCGAUCCAUUCAGAUACUGCACGUACCAAGAACCACUGCCUGCGAGACCAUCAGAUUUGUGUUAUCCGUCCCCGUGUGGACCAAAUAGUCAAUGCAAAACCAUCAACGGUCAAGCCGUCUGUUCUUGCUUAGCCGAAUAUUCUGGAUCACCACCAAAUUGUAGACCAGAAUGUGUUGUAAGCUCGGAGUGUCCCAGGGACAAGGCUUGCAUAUCAAAUAAAUGUGUGAACCCAUGUCCUGGGCCGUGUGGAAGGAAUACUGACUGCAAAGUUAUAAAUCAUAGUCCAAUAUGUUCCUGCAGAGAUGGCCAUACAGGAGAUCCAUUCACUUUCUGCAACCGCAUACAAUUUGAGGCCACUCCAGUUAUAGGCAACCCUUGCGUGCCAUCUCCAUGCGGACCUAAUGCGGAAUGUCGGGACAUCGGUGGCACCCCAUCGUGCUCAUGCCUUUCAACCUUCAUCGGUAGUCCCCCGAACUGCAGGCCGGAGUGUGCUGUUCACUCAGACUGCUCCAGUGACCGCGCCUGCAUCACCUCCAAGUGCCGCGAUCCUUGCCCAGGCUCAUGCGGAGCUUCAGCUACUUGCACUGUACUAAAUCACAUACCAAUAUGCACAUGUAUCAGUGGUUACAUCGGUGAUCCAUUCACAAGCUGCAGACCAAAACCUUUAGAAAUAGAGCCAGUGCAGGCAGAUGAAUGCACCAAUAUUCGGUGCGGAUCGAAUGCAGAAUGCGUAAACGGCCAAUGUCAAUGUCUGCCGGAGUUCAGUGGUGACCCUUACUUCAACUGUCGCCCAGAGUGUGUGUACAGCAGUGAUUGUGACCAGAGUAAGGCGUGUGUUCAGAGAAAAUGCGUCGACCCCUGCGUUGGCGCCUGUGGCCAGGAUGCAAUAUGUCAAGUAGUGAAUCACAUUCCAAUGUGCAGCUGCAACAGCGGUUUCACAGGAAAUGCCUUCAUACUUUGUAGCCCCAUACGAGUACAAGCGUCAGAAAACCCAUGCAGCACUACAAUAUGUGGCCCGAACAGUCAAUGCAGAGAAAUAAACAACCAAGCAGUUUGCUCUUGUUUGCCGACUUACUUGGGCAUCCCACCAGCUUGUCGACCGGAAUGUGUUGGCAACUCCGAAUGUCCUCAAGACCGCGCUUGCAUUAAGCAAAAAUGUGUCAACCCAUGUGUUGGAGCGUGUGGUUUAAGAGCAAUUUGCGAAGUGUUCAAUCACAAUCCUAUUUGUUCUUGCCCCACCGCUCACACUGGUGAUCCUUUCGUAUCCUGCUCUUUCGUUGCAAGCACACCACCUGUCAUGGUUAAUCCAUGCCAACCUUCACCUUGUGGACCUAACUCAAUUUGCAAAGAAAUAAAUGGCAGCCCGUCGUGUACCUGCUUACCACAGUACCAAGGCCAACCGCCUUUCUGUAAACCAGAAUGUGUCAGUAAUAGUGAAUGUCCCACAAAUAUGGCUUGUGUCAAUCAGAGAUGCAAAGAUCCGUGCCCAAGCGCCUGCGGGUCAAAUGCCGAGUGCCGAGUGGUGAGCCACUCCGCCAUGUGCGUGUGCCCGAGUGGCUACGGCGGAGACCCCUUCACAUACUGCGCUCUCCAACAACAAGUCGAAAUAUUGACACCAUGCCAGCCGUCGCCGUGUGGACCUAAUGCUAUUUGCAAAGAACAGAACAAAGUUGGGUCUUGCAUGUGCAAUGAAGGUUACUUCGGAAAUCCUUAUGAGGGUUGUCGCCCGGAAUGUGUCCAGGAUUCGGACUGUCCAGGAAACAGAGCCUGUAUUGGAAACAAGUGCCAAGAUCCAUGCCCAGGAAGAUGUGGUGACAACGCAGAAUGCUCGACUGUUAACCAUUUGCCUAACUGUGUAUGCUUCAAUGGUUUUACUGGUGAUCCAUACAGACGCUGUAAUGCAAUUCCUCCGCAAUCAGAUGUACAAGCCAAUGUGUGCUAUCCAAGCCCAUGUGGACAAAACAGUCAGUGUAGAGAAAUUAAUGGACAAGCAGUCUGCAGUUGUUUGCCAAACUACUUCGGUCAACCUCCAUCUUGUAGGCCAGAAUGUGUAUUGAACUCAGGUUGCCCAUCGGACAAGGCGUGUAUAAAUCAGAAAUGUGUUAAUCCGUGCCCUGGACCUUGCGGCCAGAACGCGCAAUGCCGAGUAUUCAACCACAAUCCGAUAUGCAGCUGUGAUAAUGGCUUCACUGGUGACGCCUUCACUCGGUGUUAUAGAAAGCCUAUACCGCAACCGGUGUUGGAUGAGAACCGUAACCCUUGUGUACCCUCUCCAUGUGGCAUGAACUCACAGUGCCGAGAGAUCGGAAACCAGCCAUCAUGUUCCUGCAACCCUGGCUAUUUAGGAAGUCCACCGAACUGCCGGCCAGAAUGUGUCACCAACCAGGACUGUUUGAGUUCUAUGGCUUGUCUGAAUGAGCGUUGCGUGGAUCCGUGCCCUGGCUCUUGUGGACAGAACGCCCGGUGCUCAGUGAUAAACCAUGUCUCUAUGUGUACAUGUAUCGACGGAUAUAAGGGUGAUCCGUUCACUCUUUGCACUCGAAUACCGCUUCAAGAUGCAACUCCAUUCGACUUGUGCAACCCAUCUCCUUGUGGCCCGAACACUGAAUGUAACAACGGUGUAUGCACUUGUCAGCAAGAAUACCACGGAGAUCCCUAUGUGGGCUGCCGGCCAGAAUGUACAGUGAGCACAGAUUGUCAAAGAAAUCAAAUUUGUGUUAACAAAAAGUGCACCAACCCCUGCCCAUCAACUUGUGGAACGAAUGCGCACUGCGAAGUAAUCAACCAUGUUCCCAUGUGUAGUUGUCCAAGCGGAUACACUGGAAAUGCGUUCGUAGCCUGCAAUGUAGUUCAAGCUUCUCUACCAAGCAACCCUUGUAAUCCGACUCCAUGUGGACCGAACAGUCAAUGCAGAGAAAUAAACAAUCUCGCAGUUUGUUCAUGCGUUCAAGGGUAUUCCGGAAAUCCUCCAACUUGUAGGCCAGAAUGUACCACUAGCGCCGAGUGUCCUUUGAACAAGGCUUGUAACAGUUUGAAGUGUAUUGACCCUUGUAACGGGGCUUGCGGCAUUGGAGCUCUCUGCCAAGUUGUAAAUCACAAUCCCAUAUGCUCUUGUCCCAACGGCUACACUGGAGAUCCGUUCAAUAGAUGCACACUUAAACCUUUGGAAACUCCGCCCCAAAUAAAUCCAUGCAUGCCGUCUCCUUGCGGCCCCAACUCUAUUUGUCAACCAAUCAAUGAAUCCCCGUCGUGCUCUUGCAUGGCCACGUUUAUUGGAUCGCCACCGAACUGUCGCCCCGAGUGCGCGAGCAACAGUGAAUGUCCCAGUAACAUGGCAUGCAUACGGAACAAAUGUUCAGACCCGUGCGUGGGAGCUUGUGGAUCAGAAGCACAGUGCCGAGUUGUGAGCCAUACACCCAUGUGUGUUUGCCCACCGGGGUACAACGGCGAUCCUUUCGUCUCGUGUCGUGUGCAAGCGGACAUUGUACCAGUUGAAAGGCCCACACCGUGCUCGCCUUCCCCAUGUGGAAGCAAUGCAGUCUGCAGGGAACAAAACAACGCAGGCUCAUGCACUUGCUCGCCUGGAUACUUCGGAAACCCUUACGAAGGAUGUCGACCGGAAUGUACUGUAAACACGGACUGCCCCUCGAAUAGAAUAUGUCAACAGAAUAAAUGUCAAGACCCUUGCCCUGGCACUUGUGCUGUGAAUGCACUGUGCCAGACUGUCAAUCAUGCUCCAAUCUGCACUUGUAAUCCAGGUUACACUGGUAACCCAUUCCAAAACUGCUAUAUACAACAAGAAAUUGAAAUCACAUCAAAUCCAUGUUCACCAUCUCCUUGCGGUCCCAACAGUGUCUGUAAAGAAAUAAACCAACAGGCUGUAUGCAGUUGUAUGCAAGAAUAUCAAGGCGUUCCACCUAACUGCAGGCCAGAAUGUGUGGUCAGCGCUGAAUGUGCAGCAAAUAAGGCAUGUCUUGGAAUGAAAUGCAGUGACCCUUGCGUUGGAAAAUGUGGCCAAAAUGCUCGAUGCCAUGUUAUAAACCACAGCCCAAUAUGCUCAUGCUUGGAACGAUACACCGGCGAUCCAUUCAGUCGAUGCUAUCCCUUAACGGUGAUCACCGCAGUCAGCGACGAACCAAAGAACCCCUGCUUACCUUCACCGUGUGGUCCAUUCAGUGAAUGUAGGAACAGUAACGGUGUACCUUCAUGUUCGUGUCAGCUAAACUACAUCGGCGCGCCACCGGCAUGUCGCCCGGAGUGCACCAUCAACUCCGACUGUCCUAGCAAUGCUGCUUGCAUCAAUCAGAAGUGUAAAGAUCCUUGCCCUGGUUCUUGUGGUCUCAAUGCCAGAUGUAUCAUGCAGAACCAUACGCCGAUAUGUACUUGCUUCGAAAAUUAUGCUGGGGAUGCUUUCACUGAAUGUCGGCCAGUCGUAGAGGCGAUACAAGACGAGACUGAUCCUUGCAAUCCGUCACCCUGCGGUGCUAAUGCCGUGUGUGACAAUGGCCAAUGCACUUGUUUGCCAGAAUUUCAGGGAGAUCCCUAUUUUGGAUGUCGUCCAGAAUGUGUACUCAGCUCGGAUUGUCCUCAAGACAGGGCCUGUCUAAGAAAUAAGUGUGUAAAUCCUUGCCAAGGUGCUUGCGCUUCAAAUGCCAUGUGUGAGGUUAUAAAUCAUGUACCCAUGUGUAGAUGCCCAGAACGUAUGACAGGAAAUGCAUUUGUCCAAUGUGUAGUUAUGGAUGUCGUAAAACCACAACCAUGUCAACCGAGCCCUUGUGGACCUAACAGUCAGUGUCGCGACAUUAACGGGCAGGCGGUUUGUUCGUGUAUAUCUGGAUACAUAGGGAGCCCCCCGUCAUGUCGACCAGAGUGCACCGUUAGUACCGACUGCUACCCGGCGGAAGCUUGCAGCAAUCAGAAAUGCAUUAAUCCUUGCCAAGGCACAUGCGGAGUUGGAGCUAAAUGUCAAGUUAUCAACCAUAACCCCAUCUGUUCAUGCCCAUCACAGUACACAGGAAACCCAUUCACGAGAUGUAUACUUCAACAGUUUGAGCCACAACGCACGAACCCUUGUGAACCAUCACCAUGCGGAUCGAAUGCAGUCUGUAAAGUAAUAUCUGAGAACCCAUCAUGUUCAUGUCUUCCUGAGUAUUUCGGGUCACCACCUUACUGCAGACCAGAGUGCGUCAGCAAUUCUGAAUGUUCAAGUAAUCUCGCCUGUGUAAAUCAAAAAUGCGUCGAUCCUUGUGUGUCAGCGUGUGGGGUCAACGCACAAUGCCAUGUUGUCAGCCAUUCUCCAUCUUGUACUUGCAUGUUCGAUUACACCGGCAAUCCUUUCAUAGAAUGUCACAAAGUGGAAAUUAUACAAGAUUUCGCUUCACCUUGUGAACCAUCUCCAUGUGGCGCAAAUGCUGAAUGCAGGGAAUAUAACGGCGCCGGAUCCUGUACUUGUCUUCCAGAAUAUUACGGCAACCCUUACGAAGGAUGCAGACCGGAAUGUAUUGUGAAUACCGACUGUCCAUCAAACAAGGCGUGCUCGCAGAACAAAUGUCGUGACCCCUGUCCGGGUGCUUGCGGACCCAACGCUGUCUGCCAAGUUGUCAACCAUGCACCGUCUUGUACAUGCGAUCGUGGAUACACCGGUGAUCCAUUCCGUUAUUGUUCUCCAGAACCUGUUAUGGAUACUCCGGUCGACGUUUGCCGACCAUCACCAUGUGGUCCUAACAGUCAGUGCCGAGAGGUGAACAGCCAGGCUGUAUGCUCGUGCAUGCCGAACUACAUGGGCGUACCUCCGGGAUGUCAACCGGAAUGUGUUAUCAGUACUGACUGUAAUUUGGACAAAGCGUGUAUCAACCAGAAAUGUGUCAAUCCAUGCACCGAUGCCUGCGGUUUGAACGCCGAAUGUAGAGUAAUUAACCAUAGCCCGAUGUGCACAUGUAAAGCACGGUACACUGGGGAUCCAUUUACCAGAUGUCUUCCCAUACCACCACCUGUUGCUAAUGCCGAGUUGGAACCGUACAGGAAUCCAUGUGUGCCAUCGCCAUGUGGCCCCAACUCCAUCUGCCGUGAAACUGGAAAUGUGCCAUCUUGUUCUUGUAUGGCCACAUACAUUGGAAGUCCACCAAACUGUCGGCCUGAGUGUACCAUAAACGCGGAGUGUCCGAGCGCUCAAGCUUGCAUGCAGCAAAAGUGCAGAGAUCCCUGCCAAGGCUCGUGUGGAGUAAACGCUCUGUGUACAGUCACUUCUCAUACACCGAUCUGCACUUGUCCUGAAGGAUAUACAGGAGACGCAUUUACUAUGUGUUCACCGAAAGCACCAGUUGAGCAAGAUAUCCCGGACCGGUGCAACCCAUCACCAUGUGGCCCUAAUGCAGUUUGUCGGGACGGAGUGUGCACGUGCAUAGAAGAACAUCAAGGCGAUCCGUACCUCGGAUGUCGACCGGAAUGUGUGCUCAGCACCGACUGUCCUCGAGACAGAGCAUGUGUCAGAAACAAAUGUGUAGACCCUUGUCAGGGCACAUGUUCAGCGAACGCUGUCUGCAAUGUGAUCAACCACGUGCCAAUGUGCAGUUGCCCUCAAGGAAUGACUGGAAAUGCUUUCUACGACUGUCAACCGGUUAGAGUACCAGUAGUAACAAACCCGUGUAUACCUUCACCGUGCGGUCAGAACAGUCAGUGUAGAGAAGUGAAUGGACAAGCCGUCUGCACUUGUGCACCUGGAUACAUGGGCAGUCCGCCAUUAUGUAGACCUGAGUGUGUAGUUAGCUCCGACUGUCCUCUGAAUAAAGCAUGUAACAAUCAGAAAUGCAUUAAUCCAUGCGUGGGAACCUGUGGCGUUGGAGCAAAAUGUGAAGUAGUAAAACAUAACCCCAUCUGUAGCUGCCCACCGAUGUACACUGGAGAUCCGUUUACGAGAUGCUCGCCAUUCGCACCUGUUGUAGCUGAUGUGACACCUUGCACUCCUUCACCCUGUGGCCCGAACUCAAUUUGCCAAGAUGCCUCUGGUUCGCCGUCCUGCACCUGCAUGCCGAAUUUCUUUGGUUCACCACCUUACUGUAGACCAGAAUGCACCAGCAACAGUGAAUGUGCGACUAACCUCGCCUGCAUCAACCAGAAAUGUACAGACCCGUGCAUCAAUGCAUGCGGAUUGAACGCGCAGUGCAGAACCAUCAGUCAUUCACCCAUGUGCUUCUGUGAAAACGGAUACAGCGGAGAUCCAUUUACGAAUUGCCAACUGAUUCAACAAAUUGAGCCCGAGAGAACCAGCCCAUGCGAACCAUCGCCAUGUGGACCUAAUGCCAUAUGCAAAGAACAAAACUCCGCUGGCUCUUGUACUUGUUUACCAGAUUAUAUCGGCAAUCCUUAUGAAGGAUGUCGCCCAGAGUGUACCAUCAACACUGAUUGCACACCGAACAAAGCGUGCAUUCGGAAUAAGUGUCAAGAUCCUUGUCCAGGCACCUGCGCCACUUUAGCCAGUUGUAUAGUUGUUAAUCAUUUGCCGACUUGCACAUGUCCGUCAGGAUAUACCGGAGAUCCAUACAGAUUCUGUAAUGUUAAAGAAGUUACACAAGAUCCUGUAACGCCUUGUGCUCCAAAUCCUUGUGGGCCAAACAGCAUCUGUCGUCCAGUUAAUGGUCAAAGUGUGUGCUCUUGCAUGCCAAACUACAUCGGGACUCCACCGGGCUGUCGACCUGAAUGUACCGUCAGCUCCGAGUGUCCAGCAGACAAGGCUUGCGUCAACAACAAAUGUACCAACCCGUGCCCAAGCCAUUGCGGACAAAACGCCAACUGUAAGGUCACCAACCACAGCCCAAUGUGCAGUUGCCGACCUGGAUAUAUUGGUGAUCCAUUUACUCGUUGCAGUCCACAACCACCAGUACAGGACAAUCCUAUCGGCUAUGUGAAUCCGUGCGUGCCGAACCCAUGUGGAAACAAUGCCAUUUGUCGGGACUCCAACGGAUCUCCAUCGUGUGUCUGCAUGACGGAGUACCAAGGAGUUCCCCCGAACUGCAGGCCCGAGUGUGCCAUCAGCCAGGACUGUCCGUCCAACUUGGCGUGCACCAACAUGAAGUGCAGGGACCCCUGCCCCGGCAGCUGCGGACACAACGCAAUGUGCAACGUCUAUAAUCAUAUUCCAACUUGCACUUGUCCACAAGGAUUUUCUGGGGAUCCAUUCACAGAAUGUCGUAUAACACCAGUUCAAGAUGAAGUUCAAAAUAUUGAUCCCUGCAAUCCAUCACCGUGUGGUUUCAAUGCUCAAUGCAGAGAUAAUGGAAUUUGCGAAUGUCUCAGUGAAUAUCAGGGAGACCCAUACUUUGGAUGCAAACCCGAGUGUGUGUCGAACAUGGAGUGUCCUCAAGAUAAAGUGUGUUCGAGAAAUAAAUGCAUUGACCCGUGUCCCGGCACUUGUGCAGUGACGGCGACGUGCAACGUUUACAACCACAUUCCAAUGUGCUCGUGCCCUGAGGGAAUGACUGGAAAUGCGUUCGUCGACUGCCGCAGAGUUGAAACGAUUCAAACACAGCCCUGCAACCCAAGUCCUUGUGGUCAAAACAGUCAAUGUAGAGAGAUAAACAACCAGGCUGUUUGCUCUUGUCUUCCAACUUACAUCGGAAGCCCUCCGUUGUGCAGACCGGAGUGUACCAUCAGUGCUGAGUGUCCACUUAAUGAAGCUUGCAACAAUCAGAAAUGUAUCAACCCUUGCGUUGGCACUUGUGGACUUGGUGCUAGAUGUGAAGUGGUCAAACACAACCCAAUAUGUUCGUGUCCUUUACAGUACACGGGCGACCCAUUCAUUCGAUGCACGCCAAUCGUUGUAGCUUCACAAGCACCAAUAGACCCAUGCACUCCGACCCCUUGCGGUCCGAAUUCCAUAUGCAAAGUUAUAGGAGAGUCUCCGUCAUGCACUUGCCAAUCAACCUUCAUCGGGUCGCCUCCGAACUGUCGGCCGGAAUGCGUCAGUAACUCGGAGUGCGCCACCAACAUGGCGUGUGUGAAUCAGAAGUGCAGGGACCCGUGUCCCGGCAGCUGCGGCUACAACGCAGACUGCAGGGUCGUCAGCCACGCGCUCAUCUGCUCGUGUCCGUUUGACAUGACCGGCGAUCCAAUGGUUUCUUGUAAUCCAGUUAGAGAUGCCAUAAUCGAUUAUUCAUCACCAUGCGAUCCAUCGCCUUGCGGUAUAAACGCAGAAUGCACAGUUAGAAACAACGCUGGAUCAUGCAGAUGUCUAGAGUCCUAUGUCGGUAACCCACACGAGGGUUGCCGCCCAGAGUGUGUGAUCAACAGUGACUGUUCACCAAGACUCGCCUGUGUUCAGAAUAAAUGCAGGGAUCCAUGCCCCGGAGUCUGUGCUCCGAAUGGUGUCUGCCAAAUCAUCAACCACGUGCCUUCGUGUUACUGUCCACCAGGGCUUACUGGAAACCCGUACUCUUACUGCACCGAAAUGGUUCAAGAUGUCGUGAAACUGACACCGUGUACGCCAUCUCCCUGUGGGGCCAAUAGUCAAUGUCGAGAAGUGAAUAGUCAAGCUGUUUGUAGCUGCCAGAGCGAUUACAUGGGAAGCCCGCCCAACUGUCGUCCUGAGUGUACCAUCAACAGCGAAUGUGCCAAAGAUAAGGCGUGUAUCAACCGCAAGUGCGUGAAUCCGUGCGCCGGGCAAUGCGGGCGGAAUGCCAACUGUAGAGUGAUCGCUCACAAUCCGAUAUGUUCAUGCCAAGAACGGUACACGGGAGAUCCUUUCAGCAACUGCGUUCCAAUACCUAUACCAACAACACCAUUGCAGGAUUCAAAUCCUUGCUUACCUUCGCCAUGCGGGCCAAAUUCACAAUGCCAGGAAUACGGAGGAAACGCUCGCUGCACUUGUCUACCCAACUUUAUUGGUUCACCACCCAGAUGUAGACCGGAAUGUACAGUUAGCUCUGAGUGUAAUGCCAACAGCGCCUGUAUAAACAACAAAUGCGUGGACCCAUGCCCGGGAGCAUGUGGUAACAAUGCUCAGUGUAGCGUUGUGAAUCACCUGCCCAUUUGUUCUUGUAUGCAAGGUUACACGGGAGAUCCAUUCUCUAACUGUUAUCUGAAACCACAAGAAGUGGAAGCCGUAGACCCUUGUUCACCUUCCCCAUGCGGCUCGAAUGCUAUAUGCAGAGAUGGUUCCUGCACUUGCAUAGAGGAGUACCACGGGGACCCGUACUUCGGAUGCAAACCAGAAUGUGUAUUGAACUCAGACUGCCCGAGGGACAAAGCCUGCAUGAGGAACAAAUGUGGCGAUCCAUGUGCUGGAACUUGCAGCGCUGAUGCCACAUGCCAAGUCAUCAACCACAUCCCCAUGUGCUCAUGUCCUCCUGGCACCACUGGAUCUCCGUUCUACUACUGCAGCAAGAUUAUGGAUACACCAGUACAGGUGAACUUAUGCCAACCGUCACCGUGUGGUCCAAACAGUCAAUGCAGAGAAGUCGGAGGUCACGCAGUCUGCGUCUGCGUCCAAGGUUACCUCGGAAGUCCACCGAACUGUAGGCCUGAAUGUACAGUCAGCACUGACUGCAAUUUGAACAGAGCUUGCUCCAACCAGAAAUGCAUAGAUCCAUGUCCAGGUGCCUGUGGAAGGAAUGCUCAGUGCGUUGUAGUGAAUCACAACCCUGUGUGCAGUUGUCUAUCUGGGUACUCUGGGGAUCCAUUUUCGAUUUGUCAAAUAAUACCUGCUGAUCCACCAGCCAAGGUGAACCCGUGCAUGCCGUCCCCGUGCGGUCCAAACUCUCAAUGCACACAAAUCGGAGAUAAUGCAGACUGCAGAUGUUUGCCGGACAAUAUCGGUUCACCGCCUAAUUGCAGACCUGAAUGUGUCAGUAACACUGAGUGCCCAUCCAACAAGGCUUGUAUCAACCGAAAAUGCGCAGAUCCCUGCCCAGGGUCUUGUGGCGUGAACGCCGAGUGCCGAGUAGUGAGCCACACGCCCAUAUGCCUGUGUCAAAGAGGUUACACAGGAGAUCCAUUCUUGUAUUGCAACCUUCAAGUGCAGGCUAUUGAACAGGAACGCCCAACGCCGUGUGUGCCUUCUCCAUGCGGUGCUAACGCUGAAUGUAGGGAACAAAACGGAGCAGGAUCUUGUGUUUGCAUUCCGGGAUACUUCGGAAAUCCUUACGAACAAUGUAAACCCGAAUGCGUGGUGAAUUCAGACUGUCCUUCCAACAAAGCCUGCUCUCAGAACAAAUGUGUUGACCCAUGUCCUGGCACGUGCGGCAUCAGUGCUCUCUGCCAAGUUAUCAACCAUGUGGCUUCUUGUUCGUGUCCUGAUCAGUACUACGGUGAUCCAUACAAGAUUUGCGCCUUUAAAACUCAAGAUGAACCAACAGACCCUUGUAAUCCAUCUCCGUGUGGACCAAACAGUCAGUGCAAAUCUCAAAACGGAGUAGCAGUUUGCACAUGCCUCAGUGGCUACCUGGGAUCCCCACCGAUGUGCCGACCGGAGUGUACUACCAGCUCUGAAUGCCCGUUGGAUAAAGUGUGUGAAAAUCUCAAAUGCGUAUCUGCUUGCCCUGGGUCCUGUGGCAUCAAUACGGACUGUCGAGUAAUAAAGCAUAGCCCAAUUUGCACCUGCAAGCAAGGAUACACUGGCGAUCCGCUGUCUCGCUGCUACAAUCUGCCAGAAUCUACACCAGUCGAAAGAGAGCCAGUUAAUCCAUGUCUACCAUCGCCAUGCGGACCAAACUCCCAAUGCCGAGAUAUCGGCGGAGUACCGUCAUGCUCUUGUUUAUCUGGCUUCAUUGGAAGUCCACCGUAUUGCAAAUCAGAGUGUGUCAGAAACACCGACUGUAGCAACGACAAAGCUUGUAUUAAUACCAAAUGCCAGAACCCUUGUCUUGGGUCCUGUGGAACCAACGCCCUGUGCAACGUCGUCAAUCAUACACCAAUGUGCUCGUGCCUUGAAGGAUACCAAGGCGAUCCGUUCUCCAUAUGCACUGUUAAACCUCAAGAUCCCCCACAACACAUCGAUCCAUGCUACCCAUCCCCUUGCGGCGUGAACGCGCAAUGCAACAAUGGCGAAUGUACUUGCUUACCCGAGUAUCAAGGAGAUCCUUACUUCGGAUGUCGACCUGAAUGCGUCCUCAGCACAGACUGUCCACUUGACAAGGCUUGUAUCCGCUCCAAGUGUGUGGACCCUUGUCGCGACAUGUGCGGAGUGGACGCUCUGUGCAAUGUCUACAACCACGUCGCCGUCUGCACCUGCCCUAGUGGCAUGUCUGGAAAUGCGUUUACUAGAUGCAUGAAGAUUGAAAAGCCAAUUAACCGACCGUGUGAUCCGUCACCGUGUGGUCAAAACAGUAUCUGCAGGGAAGCCAACGGCCAAGCUGUCUGUGCCUGUGUUGAAGGAUACAUCGGAAAUCCUCCUAAUUGUCGACCUGAAUGUAUACAAAGCUCAGAUUGUUCGCCAUCACAAGCCUGUAUCAAUCAGAAAUGUCAGAACCCAUGCCCCGGUGCAUGUGGGGUUAAUGCAGACUGUAAUGUGAUCAAUCACAACCCGAUAUGUUCUUGCCCAGCAAGAUACACAGGAUCACCAUUUACUCACUGUUAUGUUCAAGUCCAGGAAGAACCGAAGAAUCCUUGCAUUCCAUCACCAUGUGGUACUAACGGGUUAUGUAAACCUAACGGCGACUCUUACGUAUGCUCUUGUCAGCCAUCGUUCGAGGGAACCCCCCCACAAUGUCGACGCGAGUGCUCCACCAGCGACGACUGUUCAUUUGACAAGGCCUGUAUUAACUACAAAUGCAUGGACCCUUGCCCCGGCUCUUGCGGCAUCAAUGCUGUGUGCACAACCAGGCUUCACAGCCCAAUGUGCUCAUGCCAAAAUGGAUACAGUGGUGAUCCGUUCACUUCAUGUUUCUUAAUACCGCAAGCCGUUGAGUCUAUUGACCCAUGUAAUCCAACACCUUGUGGGUCAAAUGCUCGCUGCAAGACAUCACGAAAUGGAGCUGCAGCGUGUAUGUGUGAACCAGGAUACUUCGGCAACCCCUACGAGGGUUGUAGACCUGAAUGUGUUGUAAACACAGACUGCCCAUACAACAAGGCGUGUAUGCAGAAUAAAUGCGAGGAUCCUUGUCCUGGAGUAUGCGGGUCGACUGCACUGUGUCAAGUCGUCAACCAUGUACCAUCUUGUAACUGUGCUCCUGGAUAUACCGGGAACCCGUACUCGUAUUGUUAUAUUAUCAUCAAUGAACCUGAUCCAGUACCACAAAAUCCGUGCAUACCAAAUCCAUGUGGAAGUAAUUCGGUUUGUAGGAACAAUAAUGACCAAGCUACAUGUUCUUGUAUGCCAGAAUUCUUCGGAUCUCCGCCCAACUGUCGACCAGAAUGUACGGUCAACUCCGAAUGUGAUUCUUCCAAGAGUUGCAUUCGUCAGAGGUGUGUGGACCCAUGCAUCGGAGUGUGCGGACAAAACGCUGAGUGUAGAGUUGUGAAUCAUGCGCCUUUGUGCUCAUGUCCUAUUGGGUACCAAGGAGAUCCGUUUUCGUUCUGCUCUAUCGUACAAAAAGCCCCGGUUGAAGAUAGGAAUCCCUGUGUACCAUCACCAUGUGGCCCGAAUGCACUUUGCCAAGUAUCUAACCAAUCACCAGUGUGUACCUGUUUGGACCAGUUCAUCGGAUCUCCGCCGAACUGUCGUCCAGAGUGCACCGUCAACUCCGACUGUCCCAGUACAAGAGCUUGCAUCAACCAGAAGUGUAAGGACCCAUGCGCCGGCGCAUGUGGGCUACAAACAAUAUGCCAAGUCUAUCAACACUCCGCCAUGUGCAGUUGCAGGGAAGGUUAUACAGGAAAUCCAUUCCAAAGUUGCUACAUCAAGGAAAAGAUUGAAGCUGUCCCUGUAGUAUACGAUAAAUGCAACCCAAGUCCUUGCGGAUCAAACGCAGACUGUAACGACGGGCAAUGUACUUGUAGACCUGGCUUCUUCGGUAAUCCGUACAUGAGCUGCCGACCAGAAUGCACUCACAACUCUGACUGCAGCCAAAACCUCGCAUGCAGCAACAACAAAUGCGUCAACCCGUGCAUUAAUCUUUGCGGACAGAACGCCGUGUGCGAAGUGUACAACCAUAUUCCCAUGUGCAGUUGUCCGUCUAACACCACAGGCAAUGCGUUCUUCUCUUGCAAUGCUGUAUUAGAAACACCAGUACAGCGCAACCCAUGCGAACCCAACCCUUGUGGGCCGUUCAGUGUAUGUCGCACGAUCGGUGAACAAGCCAUGUGCUCUUGCAUUAUUGGCUACUCUGGAGUUCCGCCAUCUUGCCGACCGGAAUGUUCCGUCGACUCUGACUGCACCAGCCUCAUGGCGUGCUCCAACCAGAAGUGUGUUGACCCUUGCAGAGGCUCAUGUGGAUUAAACGCUGAAUGCAGAGUUCACUAUCACAAGCCUAUUUGCUACUGUAGAAAUGGAUUUACUGGAGAUCCGUUCAGUCAAUGCACGGUUAUUCAACGUGAACCUAUAAGAACUGCACCAUGUGAACCAUCGCCAUGUGGACCCAACUCAGUUUGCAGAGCUGUAGGAGAGUCUCCUUCUUGCUCGUGCUUGACCGGGUUCAUUGGCAAUCCUCCUUACUGCCGUCCUGAGUGCGCUUCUAACAGCGAGUGUAGUUACGAUAAGGCGUGCAUCAACAACAAGUGCGCCGACCCAUGCGUGGGAGCCUGCAGUCAAAAUGCUGACUGCAGAGUCAUCAGUCACUCACCGCAAUGCAUUUGCCGGCCAGGCUAUGAAGGAGACUCUUUUGACCGAUGCGUACUAAGAGUUCCAGUGACAAGACCAAUGGAUCCAGUCAACCCGUGUCAACCGAACCCUUGUGGACCAAAUGCAAUUUGUCAGGAAAGAAAUAAUGCUGGAAGCUGCACAUGUAUAAGUGGCUACUUUGGAAAUCCUUACGAAGGCUGUCGUCCAGAAUGUCUACUAAACUCGGACUGUUCUGACAACUUAGCAUGUAUCAUGAAUAAAUGCCAGGACCCUUGUCCUGGUUUGUGCGGAUCUAACGCCGAUUGUCAAAUGGUCAAUCAUGUUCCGAAAUGUAUAUGCAUCAACGGCUACGUUGGUAAUCCAUACAGCAACUGCGUGCUGAAAGAAGAAAAAGUGCAAGACCCAUGCAAUCCAUCUCCAUGUGGUCCUUACAGCACUUGCAAGAAUGUCAACAACCAAGCGAUAUGCACGUGCUUCUCUGACUACGUUGGAAGCCCACCUAACUGUAGACCUGAAUGCGUGACCAGCCCCGAAUGCCCUCUGAAUAAGGCAUGCGUGAGACAGAAAUGUGUGGAUCCUUGUGUUGGCACUUGUGGAGAAAACGCGCAAUGCCGCGUCCACCGCCACAGUCCGUACUGCACUUGCUUACCUGGUUUUGAGGGUGAUCCUUUCAUUCGUUGUGCUAAAGAAAGAUUAAACGUGCCAGCUAAGCCACCACCAUGCGAGCCGAAUCCUUGUGGACCUUUCUCAGUGUGCCGAGAUGUCGGUGGUUCAGCUAUUUGCAGCUGCAAGGAGGGCUACGUCGGGGCGCCGCCUCGAUGCGGCCCCGAGUGUACCAUCAACGAAGACUGCCCCAACAACAAGGCUUGCGUCCGUGAGAAGUGUGCUGAUCCUUGUAUCGGCUCUUGUGGAGCAAAUGCGGACUGCAGGGCCAUGAACCAUUUGGCCAUUUGUACUUGCCCGAACGGGUACCGCGGCGAUCCUUUCGUUAGCUGCUACGCCUAUGAUGAACCCAAAGACACCACACCGAUAGAUCCUUGUGCAAGUUCACCGUGUGGUAUAAACGCGCAGUGCAACAACGGCGUCUGUUCUUGCAACCCUGGAUACCACGGCAACCCCACCAUCGAGUGCAAACCAGAGUGCACUACUAAUGACGACUGCUCCAAACAAAUGACUUGUAUCAAUUACAAAUGUGUGAACCCUUGCAUAAAUGCAUGUGGGCAGGAUGCGAUCUGUAAUGUGUACAAUCAUAUUGCAAUCUGCGAAUGUCCUGUUCCAUUACAGGGUGAUCCAUUUAUUGCAUGUAGACGAGUUAUAGCACCUUCUGUAUCGGACCCUUGCACGCCGAACCCUUGCGGCCCCAACACUAUCUGCCGUGCGGCCGGCACCGUGGCGCACUGCUCGUGCCGCCCCGCCACCGUGGCGGAGGCGCAGGCCUGCUCGCCCGAGUGCCGCAGCGACCAGGACUGUCCCCGGGACAAGGCCUGCAGGAACAACCACUGCCAGGACCCUUGUCCGGGCAGCUGCGGCGCCAGAGCCGUGUGUCGCGUCACACAGCACUCGCCCAUCUGUGUCUGCCCUGAGGGCUACGUCGGAGAUCCCUUCAUUCGGUGCUUGCCAGCACUUGAAAGUGAGCCCAAGAAGAGUACACCCUGUCAGAAUUGUGGUCCAAACGCCGAGUGCGUGGACAGUCAGUGUCAAUGCCGAGUCGGCUAUUUCGGUCAACCACCGAACUGUCGGUACGAGUGCCUGAGCUCCGGCGACUGUCCGUGGCACCUGAUGUGCCUGAACCGUCGCUGCGUGGAGCCGUGCCGCGGCGCGUGCGGGGCGGGCGCCGAGUGCCGCGCCGUGGCCCACGAGCCGCGCUGCCACUGCCCGCCGCCCACCACCGGGAACCCACUCGUCCAAUGUCGACACAUCGAACCAAGCCAGAUUCCACCACCGAAUGACCCUUGCAAUCCCUCGCCUUGCGGACCUGGUGCUAUAUGCCGCACCCGCGGCGCCGGCGCGUCGUGCGAGUGCGAGCCGGGGCUGCGCGGGGACCCCUACUCCGGCUGCCGGCCCGAGUGCCUCGCCGACUCCGACUGCCCCACCACCAGAGCCUGCAUCAGGUCUCACUGCAAGGAUCCUUGCCAGGGAACUUGCGGCAUUGGAGCCGACUGCGAGACUGUCAACCAUAUUCCGCUUUGCUCUUGUCCGCAAGGAACACGAGGAAAUGCUUUCGAAAGAUGUGACGUCAUAAUGCAAGCACCCCCCUGCACGCCGUCCCCGUGCGGCCCGGGCGCGCUGUGCACGGUGUCGGGCGACUCGGCCGUGUGCUCGUGCCCGGCCGGCACCGCGGGCGACGCGGCCGCGGCCGGCUGCCGGCCCGAGUGCGUCGUCAGCUCCGAGUGCCCACGCGACCGCGCCUGCGUGCGCAACAAGUGCAUCGACCCCUGCGUCGGCGCUUGCGGCAACAACGCGCUCUGCAGGGUGUUCGACCAUGCGCCGAUAUGCUCGUGCCCACCGGCCCUUACCGGGGAUCCGUUCUUGGACUGUAGACCUAAAGAAAAAUCACCACCUGUUACAUACGACCCGUGCGAGCCCAACCCUUGCGGACCUCACGGCACUUGCCGCGACGGCUUCUGCAGCUACCCGGAGUGUGUCGUGAACGACGACUGCCCCGGCGACCGCGCCUGCAUCAACCGCAAGUGCGCCGACCCCUGCGUCGGCGCCUGCGGCCUCAACGCCAUCUGCACUGGAGUCAGGCAUACAGCCGUGUGCUCCUGUCCAGCCGGCUUCACAGGCUCGCCGUUUGUCGGCUGUGAGAGGAUCACGAUCUCUACACCACCACCAGCUGUUCCCGAAUGUGUUGGUGAUGAUCAAUGUGCGGACAAUGCGGCGUGUAUAGACUCGCGCUGCAUCACGCUGUGCUCGCCCGGCAACUGCGGCUACAACGCGCGCUGCCUCGCGCGGCAACACCGGGAGCGGUGCGCCUGCAUGCCAGGCUUUGAGGGAGACGCUUACACUGGAUGUUACUCAGUGCAAUGCCACAGCAACAACGACUGCCCAGACGACGAGAGCUGCGAGGGCGGUUCAUGCGUGAAGGUUUGCUCGCGAGUACGUUGCGGAACCCAAGCACAUUGCGUCGCGCGCGGCCACACGGCCUCCUGCGCUUGCGACGCGGGCGCGCGCGGCGACCCCUGGACCGGCUGCCGGCGCGAGGAGUGCUCUGUCGACGACGACUGCCCCGCCGCGCUGGCGUGCCGCCGGGGCAGCUGCCAGGACCCCUGUCCUGGCGCCUGCGCAAGGGACGCCGUCUGCUCCGUCGCACGACACAACCCCAUCUGUGAAUGCCCCAGAGGAACGGAGGGCAACCCGAAGACCGAAUGCAGAAGAAUAGUAAUGGACACGGUAGAGUGCGUGAUGGACGCGGAGUGCGGGCCGGAGCUGGCGUGCCUGCAGGGCCGGUGCCGCGACCCGUGCGACGCGAGCUCCUGCGGCGUGCGCGCCGUGUGCCGCGUGGCCAACACGCUGCCCUUCAGGACGCUAGUGUGCGAGUGCCCUAAACCACUCACCGGCGACGCCUCCGUACAAUGUAACCCACGAGGCGAAUGCUCGGACGACAGCUCAUGCGGCGACGACGAGCGCUGCGCGAGUGGGCGCUGCGUGGCCGCGUGCGCCGCGGGCGCCUGCGGGGUGGGCGCCGAGUGCCGCGCCGGUGGGCACCGCGCCCAGUGCGCCUGUGUGCCGCCGCUAGUCGGUGAUCCUAAUGUCGCCUGCUCGCCUGGAACCCCGGGAGCGCAAUGCACGUCCGACUCGGAGUGCGGCGCGGCGGAGGCGUGCGUGGCGCAGCGCUGCGUGUCGGCGUGCGCGGGCGCGUGCGGCGCCGGCGCGCUGUGUGCGGCCCAGCAACACCGCGCGCGCUGCUCCUGCCCGCCCGGCACCGCCGGCGACCCCGCGCGUGCUUGCUACACACCCGAAUGUACCAGCGACGACAACUGUCCGUUCGACAAGACAUGUGUGAACAACUACUGCCAGGACCCGUGCCAGAUGGGCUCCCCGUGCGGGCGCGGCGCCGAGUGCUCGGGCGUGGCGCACGCGGCGGCCUGUCGCUGCCCCGCGGGCGCGCAGGGCGACGCGCGCCGCGCCUGCGUCACCGCCGCCUGCCAGUACAACGAGGACUGCCACGACACGCACGUGUGCGACCGUCUCAACCGAGUGUGUCGCCCGGCGUGCGCCGAAGAUGCCUGCGCGCCCGGCGCCCUGUGUGCCGCUAGCGCACAUCGUGCCGUGUGCUCGUGCCCGCCCGGCCGCUCCGGCGACCCCUACAGCCGCGGCUGCGCUGACGCCGUCUCGCCCCCGGGCUGCUCCGCGGAUGCGGACUGCGCAGCGCCGCUGGCGUGCGUGGCGGGGCGCUGCACGGACCUGUGCCGCGCCGCGCCGUGCGAGCCGGGCCUGCUGUGUCGCCACGUGGACAUCCUGCCGCUGCGCGCCGUGGCCUGCGUGUGCCCCGACGGCGGCCGCGUCGCCCCCGACAGCGGCUGUCGCUCACCACCUAAUGCUGAAUGCUCAUCGGACUCGGACUGCUCCUCGAGCCAGAGCUGUCGCCGCGGCAGCUGCGUGGAGGCGUGCCGCGCCGACCCGUGCGGGCUCAACGCGCUGUGCGACUCUGUAGACCACGUGUCUAAAUGCUCGUGCCCACCCGGUUACCUAGGCAACCCACGCACCGAGUGCAACCCGCAGCCGCGCCAGCCCGCCGUGUGGGAGUGCUACCGCGACGCGGAGUGCGGGCCGGAGCGCGCGUGCGUGGAGCGUGCAUGCGUGUCACCGUGCGUGGACGCGUGCGGCCACGGCGCGCUGUGCCGCGCCAUCGACCACCAGCCCGUGUGCACGUGCCCGCGCGGCUACCACGGAGACCCUACUGUUAGAUGUCUACCACCAUCAGAAGACAAAUCAAUCAUCCUAGUGAGCUGCAAGGCCAACUCGGACUGUUCGCUAUCGCAGGCUUGCAUCAACGGCGCGUGCGCGGACCCGUGUGCGUGCGGCCCCCACGCCGAGUGCACCGUCGUGCGCCACCACCCCGUGUGCUCCUGCCAGCAGGGACACUCCGGCAACCCAUACACUGGAUGCGUUAAAGUUGGAUGUGAAACGAACUCGGACUGCCCGGACAGCGACACGUGCUACAACGGGCAGUGCGUGAGCGCGUGCCUGGUGGAGGCGGCGUGCGCGGUGAGCGCGGAGUGCUACGGCGCCGCGCACCGCGCGCAGUGCCGCUGCCCCGCCGGCACGCGCGGCGACCCGCGGACCCGCUGCGCGCGCGCCGACUGCGAGCUGCACGCCGACUGCGCCGACGACCACGUGUGCGAGCAGGGCGCCUGCCGCCCCGCCUGCGCCGCGCAGCCCGCGCCCUGCGCGCCCAACGCCGACUGCUUCGCCCGCAACCACGCCGCCUCGUGCCGCUGCCCGCCCGCGCUGCCGCUCGGGGACCCGCUCGUCUACUGCCAGAAGAUCAAGGUCAUCGGCGAGCCGGAGUGCCGCAUGGACGGCGACUGCCCCAGCGGGCGCGCGUGCCUGCGCGACCAGUGCCGCGAGCCCUGCGCCGAGCUGCGCCCGUGCGUGGGCUCCGCGCGCUGCUCCGUGUCCGACAGCACGCCCUUCCGGACGCUCAUCUGCCGCUGCCCCGAGGGCUACAUCCCCGACGACCAGGGCGCGUGCCGGCCGGCCCAGCUGCCGCCGCUCAGCUGCUCCAGCGACCACGACUGCAGCGAGCGCGAGGCCUGCAUCAACCGCAUGUGCCGCAACCCCUGCGACUGCGGCGACAACGCCGAGUGCUUUAUCAAGGAGCACCGGCCCGUGUGCACGUGCCGCGCGGGCUACGGCGGCGACCCGCACCGCGCCUGCCGCGUGCUGGGCUGCCGCGCCGCCGGCGACUGCGAGCCGCAGGACGCCUGCGUCAACGGCCUCUGCAUCAGCCCGUGCCUGCUCAACUCCACCUGCGGGCCCAACGCCGAGUGCUACGCGGAGCGCGGCGCGGCGCUGUGCCGCUGCCCCGCCGGCUACGAGGGCGACGCCUACGUGGGCUGCAGCCCCGUCGAGUGCCGCUCCAACGGAGACUGCCCCCUGGACAAGCAGUGCCACGCGCACCGCUGCAUCGACCCCUGCCUCACCGGAAACAACUGCGGCGCUAACGCCCAAUGUCUCGUCCGAAACCACAUACCGGUUUGCAAAUGCGAACCCGGCUACGACGGCAGCCCGUACAUCGAAUGUCGGCGACAGAUCACCGCCGAGUGCUCGGUGGACGCGGACUGCCCGGCGCAGCAGGCGUGCCUGGGCGCGGCGUGCGUCGACCCCUGCUCGUUCCUGCGGCCGUGCGACGCGCCCGCGCGCUGCGCCGUGUCCGACACGCUGCCCGUGCGCACCAUGCUGUGCACGUGCCCGCCCGGCUACGUGAGCCAGGGCGGCGGCGUGUGCCGCCCGCAGACGCCCAUCGAGGAGGUGGCGUGCGAGCUGGACCUGGACUGCAACUCCAACAGCGCGUGCAUCUCGGCCGUGUGCCGCAGCCCGUGCCGCUGCGGGCCGCACGCCGCGUGCGUCAUCCGCGAGCACAAGCCCGUGUGCGCGUGCGAGCCCGGCUACUUCGGCGACGCGCGCUCCGGCUGCUUCAGCGUGGAGUGCCGCGCCGACAGCCAGUGCGCCGACGACGAGACUUGCAUCAACUCGCGCUGCGUGCCCGCGUGCGCCGCCGAGCCCGACGCCUGCGCCGACUCCGCCGAGUGCUACGCGGUGCGCCACCGCGCCGAGUGCCGCUGCCGGCCCGGCACCGCCGGCGACCCCGCCGUGGGCUGCUCCCCGGUCGGCUGUCGCGCCGACUCGGACUGCCCGUCGGACCGCGCCUGCGAGAACGCCAAGUGCGUGGAGCCGUGCACCAGCUCGCCGUGCAGCGCGCCCGCCGAGUGCCGCGUGGUGGAGCACGAGCUGCACUGCGUGUGCCCGCCCGGCCACCGCGCCACGGACGCGGGCUGCGCGCGCGACGACGAGCGCGAGUGCCGCGCCGACCCCGACUGCCCCUCCGGCACCGCCUGCCUCAACGCGCGCUGCGUCAACCCCUGCCUCGACUCCACGCCGUGCGGAACUAACGCGCAGUGCUCAGUGGCCGACUCUCUGCCGGUCCGCACAAUGAUCUGUGAAUGCAUACCGGGCUACAGUGGAAACGCUCUCGUCGAGUGCACACCGAACAGACGACCGGUAGCGGAAUGCCUGCCGGGUCAAGGCGUGGACGUGAGCGGCGAGUGCGUGCCGUGCGCGGAGGCGGAGGGGCGCGUGGUGGACGCGCGCGGGCGCUGCGUGUGCGACGCGGCGCGCGGGCUCGUGCCCCGCGGGGACGCCUGCGCGCCGCCCGGCUGCCGCGCCGACUCCGACUGCGACGACACGGAGCGCUGCGUCAACGCCGCCUGCACGCCCGCCUGCGAGGCCGAGCCGUGCGGCGUCAACGCCACCUGCGACGCCUACGGACACCGGUCACACUGCACCUGCAUCGCCGGCUUCAUCGGCAACCCGAAGGUGCAGUGCAACCCGACGACGCCCGACAACAACUAUAGGACUGACUUCCCGCUACCAGAUAUGCAGGUGCAAUGCCUAGCGGACGGCGUGCGCGUGUCGCUCAAGAUCAAGAACUUCACGGGCGUGCUGUACGUGAAGGGCUACAGCAUGGACGAGCGCUGCCGGCUCGCGGUCCAGACGCCAGAGAGCCACGAGAGCCUCGUCGACUUCACUGUGCACUUCGGCGACUGCGGACUCGUGCAUGUCAAUGGAUUAGCGAGCUUCGUGCUCGUGAUGCAGAAACACCCGACGCUGGUGACGACCAACGCCAAGGCGUUCCACAUCAAGUGCAUCUACCAGACGGGCGAGCAGAACGUGACGCUGGCCUUCAACGUGUCCAUGCUGACCACGGCGGGCACCAUCGCCAACACGGGCCCGCCGCCGACGUGCUCCAUGCGCAUAGUCACCAGGACCGGGGACGAGGUCAGCUCCGCCGAGAUCGGCGAGAACCUCGUGCUGCAGGUCGACGUGCAGCCAUCCAGCAUCUACGGAGGCUUCGCGCGUAGCUGCAUCGCCAAGACGAGCGAGAUCUCAACCAACGUGGAGAACGAGUACACGGUGACGGACGCGGACGGCUGCGCCACGGACGCGGCCAUCUUCGGCGAGUGGGAGCGCAGCGAGGACGGCAGCGCGCUGCGGGCCUCCUUCAACGCGUUCAAGUUCCCCAGCAGCGACAAUAUACGAUUCCAGUGCAACAUACGCGUGUGCUUCGGGAAAUGCCAACCUGUAAACUGUCGCGGCUUCGACUCGUUCGGAAAACGAAGAAAACGAGAAGCGACAUACUACGAUGAAGGAGCGAUGUCGGUCCACGAGGGCCAGCUCCGCGAGGAGGUGAUGGUGGAAUCGAACCAGAUCCUGACGCUGGAGCGUCGCGACGCGUCGCGGGUGGCGCGGCAGCGCGACGGCGGCGCGGCGGCGGCGGCGGCGGCGGGCGGCGGCGACGUGUGCGUGUCGGCGGCCGGGCUGGCCGUGGCGCUGGCGCUGACGGCGCUGCUGGCGCUGGUGGCCGUGGCGGCCGCGGUGGCGUGCUGGCUGGUGGCGUGGCGCCGCGCGCGCCCGCCCCCCGCGCCGCUGCCGCACCCGCCGGACUUCCCCAACCCGCUGUUCCAGCGCUGAACUAGCUAGUCUCGCCCCGCUCCUCCGCCGGCGCCGGGCGGUGUCGGCUCUUCUCUCUCACUACUGUUAGCUUUAAUAGAGCGCGCCGUCGGAGGACCGGACCGAGGGCGGCGCCCGCGCCCCUCGCCCGCGCCCGCUCCGCCCUCUCUAAUUUAUAUUAACUCUAAUUUUAUAUUGUACCUAUGUUAACGUGGAAUUAUCGCCUCCUUCGAAUCUUGUGAUAUUCAUAAUUGUAAUGGUCGAAACGAAAUCACCAUAAUUUUUGUAAAAAUAAUUUACUUAAUAUAAUUUAGUUGUAAGAAAAAAUAAUAAUAAUAAAAAAUA